CUUGUCCUACGAGAGUUAAUGUAACUCUUUCCAUACUGGUGAGUUGACCAACCCUUUGUUAUUUCCAAUCUGGCUCAUGGGGCAUUAUUUUAUUGCCCUCCUGUUCUCUAAGAAACAUCUUACUUACCUGCUCUCUACCAUAUCAUCAAAUUUAAUUUGGAUUUGUUAAUAUUUAAACAUUUGUCAUAGUUGCUAAAUUAAAAGAUGCUCUCCAUAUGCUGUAUGUAUGUAUAGUGUGUGUUGCUAACUCAUAGCACAUAUGGUUAUCCAUGCUGUGUUUUUAGUCAGACGCACCACUUAUCUUCUAAGACCAUGCACACAUUGAAGGUUUGUCAACAUCGCUGAAUGCAAUCUAUAGAUGCCAUGUGCUUGAUUGUGAAUUCAGGAUUUAUAAAUGCACACUAGUUCAUGAUUACCAGGUGUGAGGUUUUUGUCAUAUAAGCUUGGACUUCUAAACGAAAAAGUUUAACGAUGGCCGUCCCAUCUAUAAAGGGACACUAUAGUCACCAGAACAACUACAGCUUAAAGCUGUUAUUCUGGUGUGUAUAGUAUGUUCCUGCAUGCAUUUUCAUGUAAAUAAUGCAUUUUCGGAGAAAAGGCAGUGCUUAAAUUACUGCAUAGGGAUGCUUCCUGGGUCAGUGCUGCACAUCUCUUUAAGGAGAUGCUGAUUGGCACAGAGUGGUGGUUUGUAGUUUGCUGCAUGUGUUCAUUAGCCUUCCAAUGCUUUUCUGAGGGAAAGAAUUGGAUUGGCUGGUAUUGUCAAUUUUAAUGAUCUCAGUCAGGGAGGUGGAGCGAGGGCGGGGCCAGUACCUGCGGACUUGUGUGGCGCUGAAAAAGGGUAUUAACUAGACUGAGAAUUAGUUGCAGUUUGGAGUUAUACAAAUCUCUAAUUCCUUAAAGCAGCACUGUCAUGCUGAACUUACCUUUCCUCAAUCUCUUCCUCUUCUCCCCCUCUCUCAGGAUCUGCUCUUCUUUUCCUCCUGUCGUCUUUAGUUUUCUUUAAGCCUUGUGGAGGUUUCCUCCGCUUGACCAGCAGAGGAGCAAAGUGUGCUUCAUUUCCGCUGGUCAGAGCAAUUUUCCCAUAAUUCUUACCUUUCCUCUGUGAUCUCACGAUGCUUCCUGUCAUUUUAGACGAAACUGCCGAAUUGCGUUCUAACUGAAUGAGAACAGUAUGUUCGUUUGUUUUAGAACGCAAUUCGUCACUUUGUUCGUAUUGGAAUUUCAUUCUAAUGAAUGAAACUCCGAUUCAAUUUGUCUAGCAUGUCUAGUAAACAGUAAACCGCCCCCCCCCUCCCACCUGUCCUCCCCCCCUGCGCGGUGGGUGGGGGCAAUAACACAAUAAAUGACAAUGGGGGGGACCUAUUGUCCUACCCCCCCGGCCCCAACACCUGGGCGACGGGUGGGGGCCCUAAAUGACAAUGGGGGGGCUACUGUCCUCCCCCCCCGGUCCCCACCCCUGUGCGGCGGGUGGGGGCCCUAAAAAAACAAUAAAGGGGGGGAUCUACUGUCCUCCACCCUGGCCCCCACCCCUGAGCAGUGGGUGGGGGGGACCUACUGUCCUCCCCCCCUGGCCACCACCCCUGAGCGAUGGGUGGGGGCCCUAAAAAAAAAUAAGAGGUGGAGCGGCGGGUGGGGGCCCUAAAUGAAAAUUCACCCCCACCCCAAUCAAGGUGACUAGAGGUCCCAAGCCCCUAGUCAACCCCCCCACCCAAAUAAAACUAUCCCAUGCUGUUUAAAAUGACACAGACCACUCUGAUUGGAUGGAUUUCAAGCCAGACUGGUGGGCUUGGAAUCUAACCACUGUUUAGUAGACAUACCCCUACUCACGGUAUAGCGAGUAGGGGCAUUUAUGCUAUUAUGGGGGUCAUAUGGGGGUCAUAUUGACCCCUAUAGAGUGAGGGACUACAUGGGGGGCUUAGCAAGUGGUGGGGAGCACAGCUCCCUGCCGCUUCUAUCUUUACAUAUUACAAGGAGGGAGCUGCGCGCCGGUAGCUCCCUCCUUGUAAUAAACUGAAUGAACAAAUGAACACUGAUACCCAGUGUUUGUUUGAUCGUCUAACAAUGCUAUUCAUUCAUUCGUCUUUUUGACGAAUGAAUGAAUAGAUGAAAUUACCGUUCGCAUGUCCAAGUGUUUAACUGGGCAUGUGUGGGAAUCUCACAGGCUAUCUAGUGUGGGCAGAUGACGUGUCCCACAGGACUUCCUCUACCCACAUAAAGAUGGCGGCGCCCUGAAUAUAAAUCCGGGCAGAAAAUAAAGAAUAAAAAAUAGGUAAUCUGGGGGGCUUAGGGGCAUUUGGUGGUGACUAGGGGGGGGUUAAAAAAAAAAAAAAACAGGAUUGGGACAUGACAGUGCCGCUUUAACCCCAAGCCGAAAUGAGCAUGUUCAUUUAUGUUCAUAAUUUUUUAUUCCGCCUGUGGUAGGUAAUUAAUGGUUUGGGGACAGUCACUAAAUGCUUAUUCGAGCAGGACCUUCUUGACCUCAAAAUAUACUGUUCACUAUUUGCUGCGGAAUAUAAUUGAUAAUAUAUUAUGUAUAUAUUUUGCAGUACACGAAUCAAGGUUUUAGGUAUUAAAAUUCUGCCAAAGUCAAAACAACAUACGGCUAAAAUUCAGGGAAUUGUAAAAAUGUUUACGUGUUGUUUUUUUUUUUUUUUUAAUUACCCACAUUUUGUUUCUGAGCCAGAGACAUCGACAUCCUUAUGGGAGAUUUCAAUGCCAACAUUGGACCCAACAACACAGGGUGGGGGCCCUAAAAAAAGUCAUGGGGAUAAACAGGCUGGGUGUGAUGAACGAUAAUGGGGAGAGAUUUGCGGAAUUGUGUGCGCUCAAAAACCUGGUCAUUGGAGGUAGCAUAUUUCCUCACAAGCGGAUCCUCAAAAACACCUGGGUAUUACUGGAUAGUGUGACAGAAAACCAGAUUGACCACAUCUGCAUUAAAAAGAAGUUUAUAAGAUCCCUGCAGGAUGUUAGAGUUAGAAGAGGAGCAGAUGUGACGUCCGACCACCACCUAGUAGUAGCCAGCAUGCAGCUGAUGUUAAAGAAGAACUGGAAGGAAACAACACUGUGUAGAGUGAAGUAUGAUGUCCGCUGCCUAAGGAUCACCAGCGUCAGGGAGGAGUUUGGACUUCAGAUGAAGAACAAGUUCAGUUGAAGAACAAGAGCUGAGUUGCACGAGAAAGAGGAAAGAAGUGGCGUACAGGCCCGCUAGCAGACAAAAAAAGACACUGAGAACAGCCUGUCAAAAAGUGGUCGGAGCAAAGAAACAUCACCACAAAGAGUGGAUCACAGCUGAGGACUAGGGCAGAAAAAGCCAAGCCCCAAGUGGAAUAUGCAGAAGCCGUGAAGAAGAGCAUUAGGAACGACAAGAAAGACUACAUAGAUGGACUGGCAGCUGAAGCAGAACAGGCAGCAUACAACAGCAACAUGAAACAGCUGUACGACAUGACUAAGAAACUGUCUGGGAAGUACAGCAAGCCAGAACUACCUGUCAAGGACAAGGAGGGAAAGGUCAUCACAGGACAAACGCAGCAGAUGAAUUGAUGGACUGAACAUAUUGAGGAGCUCCUGAACAGACCAGCACCACCAAAUCCACCAGACAACCCAUCAACUGCAGCAAGCCGACUAGAGAAGAGAUCGGGAAGGCCAUCACCCUGAUGAAGAACAGAAAGGCAGCUGGACCUGAUGACAUACCAGCAGAGGCCCUGAAGUCAUCAGUGGAGAUGCUGUACCCACUCUUCAAGAAGAUCUGGGAGGAAGAAGAGAUAACGACUGAUUGGAAAGAGGGUUAUCUAAUCAAGCUUCCAAAGGAAGGUGACCUCAGCAACUGUAGCAAUUACAGAGGUAUCACACUCCUGUCAGUACCAGGCAAAGUCUUUAACUGGAUCCUCCUAGAGCGGAUGAAGGAUGUAGUCAAUCCACAACUAUGAGAUGAACAAGCAAGCUUCCAGCAGAAUUGAUCAUGCAUGGACCAGAUUGCAACGCUGUGCAUCAUAGUCGAGCAGUCCUUGAAGUGGAACUCAUUGCUGUACAUUAACUUUUUUGACUAUGAGAAGGCGUUUGACAGUGUGGAUCGAGAGGUCCUAUGGAAGCUCCUCCGGCAUUACGGCAUCCCAGCCAAGGUGGUCAACCUGAUCAAGAGCUCAUAAGAGGGAAUGACCUGCAGAGUGAUCCACGGAGGACAGCUUACCAAUAGCUUCCAGGUGAUGACUGGAGUCCGAUAAGGAUGCUUGUUAUCCCCGUUCCUCUUCCUCAUAGCCAUUGACUGGAUCAUGAAAACAUCCACCAGCGAACGCAGAAAUGGAAUCCAGUGGACCUUGUGGAGUCAACUGGAUGACUUGUAUUUUGCCGACGACCUCACUCGUCUCUUCCACAGCCAGCAGCAGAUGCAAGAGAAGAUCAGUGUGUUGGCAGCUACAUCAGCACAGGUUGGAUUCAUCAUCCACAAGGAGAAGACCAAGAUCCUUAAGAUCCUUAAGACCAACUUCAGCAACAUCAACCCAAUCACCCUAAAUGGAAGUCCCCUGGACCAAGUACAGUUCUUUACCUACCUGGGCAGCAUCAUCGACCAGCAAGAUGGAACAGAUAAAAACCAAUGUGUGAGCGCUAUAAAAUCUAAUACAGAUAGUAUGGCAGCGCUCAAAAUUACAAUGCACAAAAAAUGUGUAAAGAAAAACAAUAGUUACCAAAAAAAGCGCGCUAAAUUAAUCUGUAAAUAUAUAAAAAAAUAAAAAAAUAAUAGUGCAGCAUAAUACACAGCAUAACAGAAUCAUCAGUGGACAUAUCUUCUGGAAUAUCUCUGUGUGGGGAUAUCCCCUCUCCAAAGGAGCCUUGCAAACCCAGGGCCAGGGGUGAUAGGGCUCUGGGAUAUGUGAGUUUUUUUCCCUCAGAUUUUUCUUUAUUUUAUAUUAUUAUAUACUCAGAUGGUCUGCACUUUUUUUUUUAUAUAUUUACAGAUUAAUUUAGCGCGCUUUUUUUGGUAACUAAAGAUGGAACAGAUGCAGAUGUCAAGGCAAGGAUCGGCAAAGCAAUGGUCGCCUUCAUCCAGCUCAAGAACAUCUGGGCUUCCAGAGAGCUAACCUUGACCACCAAAAUCCAACUGUUUAACUCCAAUGUGAAGUCAGUACUGCUGUACGGGGCUGAAACCUAGAGGACAACCAAAACCAUCAACCUCAGAAGGAUUCUCCACAUUCGCUGGCAAGACACUAUCAGUAACACCAACCUAUGGGGAAGGAGCUGCCAAUUUUCAGCAGAGGCAGAAAUCUGGAAGAGAAGAUGGGGCUGGAUAGGGCAUACCCUAUGCAAACCACCAACCAACAUCACUAGGCAGGUUCUCAGGUGGAACCCCCAAGGAAAGAGGAAGAGAGGCCGUCCAAAAAAAACACCUGGCGACACGACCUCGAGGCAGACAUCACAAGGAUGGGCCACACCUGGAGUCAACUAGAAAGAAUGGAAAGGACAAAAGUCUCUGUAGUUUUACCUUUGGUGGCCCAUACCCUGGGAGGGGUGGAGGGCGUAAGUAAAGUAAAGUAAACCCCCCUAGAAGUCUUAUAGCCUUUGGGUAUUUAUUAUCAAGGCAAAACCAUUGCUAUUAAAUGUUGUAUUGGUUUCCAUAAUGAUUUCUUCUUAUUUAGCCCCAGAAUAGCACCUGGUUUUGCCUUGAUACAUUAUAUCCCCGUAAUCUUUUAUUUUAAAUAAAAAUGAUUACAAUUUUCUAUGAAAUAUAUAGAAUAUGCUAGGAAUCUAAUAGAUGUAUAUUUUCUCCUGUUUUCUAUGAUGUGCCCACCGGCAGUCAUUGCUAGUAUGAGUAUCAAGAAUAACUUCUUGUUUUGGUAACAAGUUUUAACAUAACUCACUGGAUUUAUAUUAUAAUGACUUGCUGUGAGGUAUCUGAUUAUAAAAUAUAGGAAAUAGUAUUUUCAUCACAAGAUGCAUGAUCUGAAAAGCAAACUGUUUAUGUGAGAGGUCAACACUUUGAGGAUUGAAGCAUUACAGUUCAUGAACUGUAAUUGCGUUUGAGCAGGGUCCACUUCAACCUAUCGUUCCUGUAAGUUUUCUUGUAAUUGUCCUAUUUAUAGUUACACCCCCCUCUCAUAAUGUUGUAAAGCAUUGCGGAAUCUGUUGGCGCUAUAUAAAUGGCAAUAAUAAUAAUAAUAAUGAGAUGGUCUGAGUGUUAAUUUCAUUUUAUGGCUGACAUCAUAUUCUAGGGCAAAGUUUGAAAAGGACUGCCAGAGGUAUAGUAUAAAGGGUUUGGGGUACCUAGUAAAUAUUGUAACCGGUAGGCAGAAGUUAAACAAAAACCAGCUCUGGUCUAACGACGGAACCCUUAAAGUAUACAUAUACCAAUAUUAAGUAUAUAUUCAGUAUUUCUAUUGACUUCUUCAGCUAGUCUUUCAAGCAUCUUAUUUUGCUAAGUUUACUGUGGUUUGGAGAGACCUAUGGAUUUUCUUUCCCAUUAUUAUAUUCCUGGGCUAUACACCUAGACUUCCCCCAAGGGCUCAAUGCCUUCAUUUGGAGGUUUGAUAUUGAUGUGCCAGUAAUACAUAUUUUCCUUGCAGUAGGAGACUUGCUGAAGGCUCAUAUAUGGAGCUAAAAUGUUGUUGUACCCGUUCCUGAAAUAAAUUGUUAUUUUUGGUUACCAUCCUUUGAUAUUUUUGUGUGCCCAGGAUUUCUAUUCUGUUUGAUCUGUUAGGAACUUGCUGCCCUGCCUAGAUACACCUAGGUGGAUUUUAUCCGUAAUUUCUACUGUGUGCGUUUCCGAUUUGGUGAAGAAAUAAUUUUUGUAUGAAUGAAUAUUCACGCUUUAAUUGUCCUUCCAUCUAUUGUACACGAUGUUUAUUAAAGGUUAGCGUGCAGCAUGCAUUGGAACAGAGCACCAGAUAGAUAAUAGAGAGAGUCACCCUUGUAACUUCACUAAACAAUUAUCAGCUCCAUACUACAAUAUGUAAGAACAAUUAAGUGUCUUAUCGUUUUCCUAAGGGGACAUUAAGCUUUUCAGUGUAUUUUCUUUACAUACAUUCUGGAUGCAGCCCAGAAUAUAAUGUUCAGCUUGAUAGGCUGCAGUAAGAAUGGAUUGUUAAAUGGUGUCUUAAAAAGUUAAAUGUAUAUAGCGGCAUAUGCUUUUACACUCAUCGGAAAGACUUCUCUUGUCUGACUGAAGCUGUAAUGUUGGCACUUACUAUUUUUUUAUUCUCUACCAACUUUUCUGCAAGGCAGUUCCAUGACUCAUUCUCAUGUUUUUCUGGCUUUUAUCCAGCUACGGAAAGUUGGGUUCAUGAAGUUUACCGGUUGAUAAUUGGGUUCGUAAUGAUGGGUAUUGAAUAUGUUUUUCCAGUCGCUCUUGCAUUAAAGAUGCAAGUGAAUAAUAUGUUUAUUCCGAGAGACUCUGAACAACCUAAAGGCAUUACAUUAGAUAUAAAGAUAUUCAUGCAUAACAGCUCCCAGCUGAUUCAUUACUUAGCAGUUUUGUCUCCCCCUAAAACUGCCCGGACUAAACUUCCUGUUGACCUCUGCUGAUUCUACUAAGGGGUUCAACUUGGGGAUGUUCCCUCAUCUCAGAAGUUCUUAUCCCUGUACCUACUACUAAAAAAAUGUCAGACUUGCCCAUCAACUUAUCAUGCACAUCCAUCCAUCCAAACUAUACCAUGAAGCUGGUAAUUUAAUUAUAUUGAAUAUAUAGAGGACAGUAAAAAUCUAAUAAACUCGAUAUGAAUACGAAACAAAAUGUACGGAAUGAUGACUGCAGAAAAGCUCAAGUUUGGUGAGUACAUAUUGAGCGUGAAGUUCCAUGUUAUGUAGAGACCAUUUGUGGCUCAGUGUAUGCUCUUCUUGCUCAUAGAAAGGCACCUAAGAUUGAGGAAACCUGCAUUAAAUUUUGAUCACAAAGCUAUAUGUAUUGCUCAAAAUAUGCAUUUUCCCAGUUUCAGAGGCAAAAAUCUCAGUGUAGAUCUAUUGUUUCAAAGAACUUGUGUCUUGGGCACUGCAGAAAAUGUUAAGGAUUCUCUAUACAAUAGCCUAUUCUGCGCUGAAGGGGACACUGAUACCAUGAAACAGAUCCCUUCCAGAUCAUCUCCUCAGUUUAAAGUGACAGUGAUACACUAAUACAAGCAUUUGCAAAACUGCACGUUGAUGAAUAUCCAUUUGAUUGAAAGAAUGUACAGAAAGGCAUCUCUAAAACUACAAGGUUUACGGACAUGGCAUUCUAUUGUCUUGUUUUUGUUUUAAUUAUUUUUAAAAGACAUCUGAAUCCUGUUGAAACAUUAAAGGAACACUUUAGGGUCAGGAACACAAACAUGUAUUCCUGACCCUGUAGUGUUAAAACCACCAUCUAGCCCUCCUGGGCCCCUCAUGCCUCCCAAAAUCUUACUUGUAUUCAAGCCUGAAGCUGCUGGCUCUGCCCUGUCUGCCUCAGACCAGCAAGCAGUCUGCUGACAUCAUCAGAAGUGGUAGCCUGAUCCAAUCACAGUGCUUCUCCAUAGGAUUGGCUGAGACUGACAAGGAGGCACAUCAGGGGCAGAGCCAGCACAAUUCAAACACAGCCCUGGCAAAUCAGCAUCUCCUCAUAGAGAUGAAUUGAAUCAAUGAAUGUCUAUGAGGAAAGUUCAGUGUCUGCAUGCAGAGGGAGGAGAGACUGAAUGUUUGGAUGCAUUUUAGGCAGCAAUGAUCCAGGAAGGAUCUCUAACAGCCAUCUGAGCAGUGCCCAGUGAAGUUAUCACUAGACUAAUAUAAACACUGCAUUUUCUCUGAAAAGACCGUGUUUACAGCAAAAUGCCUGAAGGUAAUGUUGUUACUCACCAGAACAAAUUCAAUAAGCUGUAGUUAUAGUGGAGCUGUAGUGUCCCUUUAAAGUACAAUCUGGGUUGUUGUUUCCUCCCCCCCUCCCCCAGUUUGAUAGUUGUGCUGUAAUAUUGUAUUAAUCAGUUUUUGACUCUUAUGCAGCCAUGUACAAUUAGUAGUGCUAACUAUCGUCUUCCAGAUGGCUUUAACAUCUCCAAUGUUACAGGUAUGAAAGUACCAGCUGGCUUUGUCAGCCCUCUCCCACGGGGUAUGUGUACCAUAAGUUGACAAAUACUGUCCAUGAGCGUAUGUUCUUUUCACUGUACUAUACAUGUGCUGCUGCAUAUGCUUCUAUAUGCAAUGGCAACAAAGUUAUCAUACCAACUUUAAUUAAAUAGUUCUAGAACUGCUAGAAUAAAAUACCACAGCCACAUAUAUACAUAGCAGCGGUAAGAACUCAUAACAAGUCAGGCUCACAGCCUAUGGUUCCCAUUGCUUACUUGCUGCCAUGCGUUCAGAUUCAGUUUUGCCUGCUUUCUGCAUGUCAUGACUCACAAUGUUGGGAUUACUACAGAAUGGACUUUGCCUAUUCUGAGAUGUCGGACCUUUAACGCCUUUCCACUUGCAGGAUCUGGCUGUAGUAGACCAAAGCCAAGUACUCAGCCCUUGGAGGAUGUUUGCUUUGAACCAACUACCUGCAGAGCCAUCACCAACAUUCUGGGUGGCUCUUGGGCCAGGUUGAACUUUACAUUUUGCCAUGGUACAUAAUUGACACCCAAGAUUCCAAUUCAUGCAUUAGUAGAUAACGUCAUUUUGGUUGCAAACUCAAUUAACCGAUGGUUGAUCUGGCCCUUUCACUGGUAGGUGAUUUUUUUUUUUUUACCUAUCCAAAUGGUUUUAGGAGGCUCCUAUGUAUUAGAAAAGUUUGAGACUAAUGAAAUCUUACGAGGGUGUAUUUGGUCUUUUGUGUCCAGGAAGCACCUCUGAGGAUGUGAAUAUUGGGUAUUUCAGAUUUACACAGGCUUACUUUAAGCAGGCAGCACAUUUCUGAGUCACUCAAGAUCAAGCAGACAACGGGGUUCCAGUUACUUUUAACAGAUUGUUUUUCCAAUAUUCUCAUUUAAAAAAAUGUCUUGAUAAAUUAGCAAUCAAAUGAUAUUUGCAGACCUGUAUACCUUGCUGAGAACAGAUUGUAUAUAAAUAAUGGUUCUAAUAUAGUCUUUUUGUUUAUCAUUUCUUUUUAUUUUGCUAUUGAAGUGCCAAACCUGAGAACCACUUUUUGUGGUUGAGAAAUUCUGAUUGCGUUGAAAGUAUCUGCACAUUGCAGGCGAGAACACUCAUCAAAGAGCUUCAUGGGUUUCUCAACUUCUUACUCAACUACAUCCUACCCUGUGCCACAUAGACCUGAGUAAAUAUUCCUCAAAAGUGAAUAACAUUUUAUUUCACUUUAACAAGAGAAUAUAAAAGUGAAAAAAGGUCACCGUUGUAAUAGACUAAUCUCAAUUAUCAGGGCAGCCUCUGAAACCCUCAACUCCUACCUAAUCUCAUUCGGUGCACACGCAGCGCACCGUGCGAUUUCCAACACGGCUAAAUGAAAUUAUAAAGCAGUGUUAAAUUUAUUAAUCAUUUAAUUAGCUAAAUGUUCCUGCAACUACGCGAGAGAUGAAUGGCAUGUCAUUUUCUAAUGCAAUUUGCCUUGCAGCCAGGCUGGGGCAGAAAAGAAGCUACUGGCAUCUGAAAAUGAUCUUUUUUUUAUAUAUAUAUUAAACAUCUUUUUUUCUUCUUAAAGAGUGUAGAAGCAGGCAGAAUUCCAUGUCUGAAUAGUAGUAAGGAUAUUAUAGGUGCUAUAAAAGACUGGCUACUGAAGCAAAUGGACCCGUAUGUGGUCAGUCCAAUCUAUAAAAGCAAUUCAUUUAUAGAACCCACUUACCAUUCUAUUGUCUUAACGAUCAACACAAACUCAUGUAUUUUUGUAAAACCGAUACACUGACCUGAUGUUUAGCAACACACCUGCUAAUCUUCCCAGCCCACCUUCCAGGAUAGAGGUGGGCAGGGAACAGAGGAGACUGUGUACGGUACUGUGGAGGUGGUGGGUCUGCCAGAAGAUUUUUGUCUUUGAAAUCUGCCAGAAGAUUUUAAAAUGUGGGGUAGGUCCUAUUUUUACUGUGACAAUUCCCUAGAAUGCAUAACUGUCCUGGCAAAUUUGGAUUUGCUGGCACCUAUGGCUUAAUAUGUCUUGGCCUGCAACCAGUACUUUACUUGUGUAGUCAACAGUAUAGUUUUUAAUGGGCUGUCUCCAUCUGGAGAAUUUAAACUGCUACCAGGAAAACCUUUUUGUGUAAUUUUCUUUAGAAAUGGGAGAUUAUUAUUAUUAUUUAUAAAGCGCCAACAAGUUCCUUAGCACUGUACAAUGGGUGGACUAACAGACACGUAUUUGUAACCAGAAUAACAUAUAGAUAGAUAUUUUAGCAUUAUCGUAUGUAUGGCUGGAUUAUUUAUUUUAUACAAAUUGGGUCUGUGCAAAUAUAUGAUGGAUUAAGAUAUUCCAGAGUGGUAUAUUUGUGUUUGAUGUACACCAGGAAUGGUUGCAAACAUGCUUCUCUGAAUCUCCACCAGAUUAAAAAAUGUUCGUGAUUAGGCUUGAGCCUCCAAUCUCAUGUUGGAGGGUCACACAUUCUAGAGUUUACACCCUAAUAUUUUUACAAUAACUUUAAUUGGACCUUCCAGUGGUGAUCUAGGCAUGACCAUCUCCGACUCCUGGGUUGCUACAGGUUUCUCAAAACCUACUUAAAGGUCAUAUGGUUAAAUAAGAGAACACCUAAAAUGUACAAUAUAUAAUAUGGUGUACCUUUCAAAUGUUCUUUAAGAAUUUUGCUGUGGCUAGUUUUGAGAAGUUCCCAGGUGCGCUUAUCUCGAGGUCUGGAAUCACAAAAUUACUUAUGAAUUGUAGCAAAGUGAGUGAGAACACAGGUGGUUCUAAACUCACACAUCUUCCUGCCACAAGAUCUCUCAUCAGAUACUAACUAAAACCGAGCUAAUUUCCCACCUUCAUGUUAUUUAGCUUCACCACUCUACCAGUUGUUUCCAUUCACCCCUUCCUUCCUUCCUUUUUUUUUUUUUCUUUCAUCAAGGCAUAGCCUACCCUUUUCACCACUACUCACUGACAUUUUAAUAUUAGUUCCUUCUGUACUUAAAUAUUACAUCUCUUGUUUGGACUACGAAAAACAUAGGUGGAACAUAAACGUUUGAAAACAAGUAGCAACAAUUCCAAAUAAAAUCCCCUUAAAUCUGUCUGAAUAAACAUUGGGAUUCCAGUUGAAUGCAUAUAGGUGGUAAAUUCUAUGAAUCUUCCUCUAUCUUAUUAGUAGACAUAAUGCGGUCUCAGAAUCGAUGAUCAAGGAUUACCACAGGGAUACGUUUAUAAGAUCAAACCUGCUCUUUGAAGACUGGUUUGAGAAAGGCUUCCUUGAGAGGGCACUAACAUGCCUCUUAUUCUUGACAAGUUAUCAACUGGUAUCUAUCACAGGAAUUCUGACAUUUAACCGGUGUUAACAGUGUGAUGCAAGACUUAAGAUCAGAGAUCUCAAACUCUAUCACCCCAGAUAUCAACUGCCUACAACUCUCAGAAUUCUUUGAAUUCAAUAGAUGGAAAGAGAAGCCUAAGUUUUGCUUUACAUCAAACCUCCUGACUUCGUAUAUCUUAACAGGUCAGAGUGGAUCAUGUUGAGAUACUGUCAAUGUCAUUCCUGGAGACCCACUGCAAAUGGACAGAAAGAUCGGCUCUCCCAUAUUCUGGGUCUUGCUGCAGUUGGAGUAUCCAUAGUAUAUUUCAAAACUUCAGAAUUAACUCCUCAAUACUAUUAGUGCUCUAAAACAUAUAUAAAAAGAUUGCAGGACAAUAGGUUGGCCAGUCUUAAAAUGAGUGUGUGCUAGGUCGUUAUCACUCUAUCACAAAUAGUCUAAUUCCUUGUUAUAAAGCGUUAACAGAUUAUUGUAAUAUUCAAGUUGAACUUUACAAUGUAAUCUAAAGUCAUUGUACUUUGCACCCUGUGCGCAGAUCAUAGAAAAGUGUGUCCUUUGUUAAAGGCAAUUUUUUAAAUAUCCCUGCAGAUUAUCUAAUUUAUCAAGCUGUCUAUGUUGGCCAAACAAUAUGCUUAAACACACAAAUCUGCACCAGAAAAGCCACUGCUUAAUGAACUAUGAUGUCAAACAACGGAAUAUAUUUAUAUUUUUUGUUAUGAAUCUUUUAUUCUUUCUUCUAAGGUCAGUACCUGUUUAUAUGUUGUCCUCCUUUCUCAUCCAGUGUAUUUAUAAACGAGUUUAGACACCUGCGUUUAUCGUGACAAUGUUUUUUUUCCCCUCUUUUUCUUGAAUGCAGAUAUUAUAAGCUUUAUAAUAAAUGCAUCGUGGCACUCCUUGCCAAUAUGACAGUGUAAGGUCAUUUUCCUGUUGGAAAGGGUCAUUUUCAGAUCCCAAUGAAACAGUUUAGGAAUUUAUUAAUUCACAAUCUUCCUUUUUUUUUUUUUUAGUCUUUCAAAUAAAAUAUUUGUUACAGUACAUCUAUCAUACAUGGACGCUCUUUAUACAGUUGUGCAGUCAAUAGAAAUGUGUUUUUAUUAUUGGAACUUAGAACAUUUCUAUCACGUUUUCACUUGCUUUUGUAAUGUCUUUACACUUUUUGAUUCUGUUUUUGAUAUUUGUAAAAAAACAAACAAAACAUAUUGGAGGAGAGUUGUGAUCGCACACAAAUAAAUAUUAAAUACUAGAGAGCUAAUUAUGAACAUAGCAGGGAAUGUUGAUAAACUACAAAAACAUCUUUGUUCUCUUGCACAAGAGAUUGAAUUUUCAUAGGUGGUAGAAGUAGCGCCUACGUCCGGUGGGUAAGGUUUGAUCGGAGAGUGGGCAGGAGCCGGAUAAUCUGCACAGAGUGGAUAGCCUUAACCAAAUACUCUUACCAAAUACACGUAAUCAUCACAGGGUCGCUUGGAAUGCUCAAUGUCAAUAUCAGAAAGCAUCUUGAUGUAUUAAUUAAGAGUGCUGUGAUUACUUUGUAAUAAUGAUGGCAUACAAUUCCCGAAUGACUGCACAUUUAGCUUUUGUCUCCUAUUCCUGGUAGGUUAUAACACAAGCAUGCUGUUACGCACUGAUCUAACUGAUCUUGGUGGAGUGUGAUCCGUGGUUGUGCUGCUCAUUAACCCUUCGCUAUCAUUGAAUUACAUGAGCUCUAUCCGGAAUAAAAAGGUUAAUGGGAUAUAAAGCAGCCCAGGCUGGAAAAAUGAGUGGCCAUCUUCUCUUUUAUUUUUCCCGAAGUGCUGCCCUUGUGGCUGACUGGCUGACUUUGAGGUCCUCAUUAUUGUGGGUUUAAAUGAGGGAUGUUCACUCAGGCAGGGAGUGGGGGAGGUCAGCAGCCAGAGACAUUGUUAUCUGUCCAUUCUAUCAGGGCUAGUGACAGGAUACUGAAAAGGAUGAAUACAGAAUCUCUCACUGGAGACCUCGGCCUGACACUGAAUGUGACUCCCCUGACUCUAACCUUGAGAGGGAAAAGUUCCCACUUUAUUAAAAUGAAUUUUCGAAAAGGGCCUCUCUGACAGCUGCAUAAUUAAAUAUCGGAGCGUCAGUGAUAAUUUAUUCUGAUCACAUUUGGUGGUCAAAAGCCUCGCUUGCUGUAGGGUCAGCGGCGUGUGCCAUGAGACAGCCAGGAAUAUCAGAGACAUCAGUCUUGGAAAAAUAUAGUAGUUUAGCUCUAAUAAAAUGAUAUAGAGCCAUCACCGCUAUGUGUAACUAAAAGCUCUUGAAAGUUUUGUUGCCGAAUGCAAUAUGACAUUGUCAUAUUGAAACCCUUAAAGUGCCCGGUGCGUCAAAUACUUUUUGCAUACUGAAACUCCCAGAGACCAGCAUGCUCUGGCACCCAGUGACAUUGCUCAUAUCAGAAUCAGGUGUAAAUAUUGUUAAAUAUAUAGAUUAUUGCAUGGUGGGAUGUAAAAAGAAAUAAACUCGCUCCAAGUUAGGAUGGGUUUUGGGUUUAAAGGACUUUAAAGGGACACUCUAGACCGCUAAAGUUUUUAAUUUUGCAGAAACUGCAGAUUUCAAUUGAAAUUGACACUUUUAUAAUUUAAAAGGAUGCUAUAGUCACCCAGACCACUUCAUCUAAUUGAAGUUGUCUGGGUUCAGUGUCUCUGUCACACUUAGUACUGCAAUGUAAAUCAUUGAGAAACCGAAAUAAUUAAAUUGCAGGACUAAGACUGCCUCUAGUGGUCGUCAAUUAGGCAUGAGGACACCCAGCGUCUACUAACUUUCCAUAGGAAAGCAUUAAAGCAAUGAUUUUUUUAUGGGAAAGACCUAAAGUGCUCACGGCCCUUGCCUCGCAUUAUCCACCCUCUGUCGAGCAACAUCAGAGGAGGCGGAGUACCAGCACAGUGCCGAUGGACAUUUGCGUUGGAAUCGGGUAAGUGUUAUAAGGUUUUUUUUAACCCUUGCAGAACCGGGGGGAGAUGGGGCUAGAGGGAAUUACAGUGUAAGGAAUACAUAUUUGUAUUCCUUACACUAUAGAAUCCCUUUAACCUUGUUAAGCAGACAACUGCUCUUGUUACUUCCUGGUAGUUUAGCUCAGCGAAGCUAAAGAGUCAACAAUUGCUCAGAGCACCUGGCAAAGACUCUUUAUUGAGCUGCACUGGGAAGUGUGUGAUUGGACAGAUACAGAAAGUCUGGAUGGGAUUAAAAGGGGAGGGCUUGUAAAGCGGCAGACAAGAGAAUUGCAGCUUUUUUCAUAUACCCGCAAUGAAAAAAUUCAUAAUUAAAUGCAUGCAAGUUUUCAUUUGGGGUAUAUAUAGUAAAUGGUUAUUUAUUUAUUUAUUUUGUAUUUGGGCAGUGAAGUGUCCCUUUAAGUAAAAAGACUUAUGAAGACCUGUCAUCAAUGUAUGUAUUAGUUUGGUCCCUAUUACAAGCAACUUCAUUCUUGUUUUUUUAUAAAUUGAGCUUAUUAUGGCCAUACAUUUGUGCGCUGUCUGCGGUUAGACGCCAUAGACUUCCAUUGCUCAUUGCAAGUCAUGCUGCCAUUUACCAUUGUGAUUGAUGGAAUAUGGAAAGGGGUGAAGACAAAAUCUCUGUAACAUUACCACAUGUUAUCAAAACCGCCUUUCACCAUAAAACAAAAUAGUCCCUAAUUUGAAUAUUCAAUACAAUACAAAAAAAAUCAUAAGACAAAGUCCAACGCAUUCUUAGAACCUUUAUAAAUAAGUAAACGUUUGUGAAAAACGAAACAUUCCUGCUUCAACGUAGCUCAACGGUCCUGGGUGUUACUGGGAUCGGGGAUGUGUAAAGGACGGAACUUGAGAGGCUUGAGUCUUUUUUCAUUAUUUGACUAUCUCAUUCAAUAAUUAUCUUUCAGCUUUUUUGAAUAUGCUUCCAUUGUACCACAUACCAGUGCAUAUUCUCUCACAUAGAAAUUGUACUUGCUUAGUAUAAUAAAGAUCUGUAAUUUGAUACGCAAAAUAUAUGCAUGUUUAGUUCUGGUGCAAUAUAUAUGUUUUGAUAAUAAAAGUAGCCUGCGAGUCGCCCUGUUGGAUUCAAAGAGAGGUUACAGUAGCAGUGCAGGGUGUGACACUGUAAAGGGAGCUGUAGAUAGCCGUGUGGCUAAUCUUUAAAUGUAAACAACGCCACGGAUCAAACAAAGCUUUGGGUUUUUUAAUCAUAUCACAGACAGACAGGCUAGGUGGGCCGUGAGUCCUUAUCACCUCUUACCUUCUGGUUUCUGAAACUAUUAUUGAGUUAAGUGGCUGGAAGAAAAGUAAAAAAAUUUCAUUGAGUUUAGUCAGUGAUGUAAUUAAGAUCAAACCUACUCUUAAACGCACCCCUCAUCUACGGCAGCGCUGGACAUACAGUCUUGUGACAAAAUAUUCUUGAUUUAGUCUAUUUUUGCAUACUUGCCAUAUUGAAUGGUUUUCAAAUCUCCAUACAAAAUGUAAUACAAGACUAGAGAAUUGCAAUAAACACAACAUUCAGGUUUUUAAUGAUAACUUUAUUUAAGGGGGAAAAAAAAUUACCCACCAACAGCUGCCUCUCCUUUCGUUACUCAUUCAAUCCAUUAACCAAAUUUAAUUGAUCAUUGGAUUCAAUUAGCGCACACACACCAAGGCUGCUGUCACCCCUGUUCAAUCUAAACACGACUUACAUAAAUCCUUACCAUCAGUGUGAAGUAGGCUACACAACUGAAAACUGCAUCAAACAUUUUGUAAGAGAUAAUAAAAAUACAGAUAUACAUCAGUCAGGAUUUCCACGUCUCCGGGACUCAGGAGCCACACGUUUCCAUUUGCUUAAGAUUAGUGGGAGUUACUCCCCCCCAACAGCAGCUGCCACCAUUUUAGUUCAGCCCUCUUCUAAGCUGAAUCCAUGGUCCCACUAUUAUUGAUUAAUCCGCUACAUGAAUGUCAUAGUGCCACAUUGAAAAUGUAGAAGCACUUACACUAAUACUUUGAGAAGCUAAUAUAAAGCUCAUAUAAUGCCGUCCAUUAGUUUUGGAGACAUUCAUACACUUCUGGAUUUUUAAUUUCAGAACCCGCCAAUUACCGUACAUUACUUUAACCAUAAUGCAUAGUUCAUGGUUUACUGGUCAGUAGGAGGUCAGUAUUGGCCCGGAGCUGCUCUGAAGUAUCGGUACCUGCCAACCAUUCCCAUUUUGGCACCAUGCCCUUCCAUUCUGGGCUAUUUAUGUGGAAAGUCCUUCCUGGUUCUGUACAAUAACAUAUAUUACACAAGAAUAAAUAUACAUAAACCAAUACAUAUGUAGAUUAAAAUUAGUAAUUCGUCUACAUAUACUGCAUUACUAUAUCUGUAUUCUGUUCAAAUUUGUUUUAUGACCAGCUCUAGGAUAAAAAACACAGAAUUAUAAGGUUUUCAUAAGUAGUACAGAACAUUUCUCCCUCAGUGAAUCUUAUGUAAACAUAUUCUUUGUUGAUUUCUUAAAAAUAGUAAAUAUAAUAAAAAAUAAAUAAAAGAUUAUUAUAUACUGUUUUUAUUAUUUAACAGAAAACAAUUAAUAUUAAUGUGUUUUGGAUUUUUUUUGUCAUCCGAGUAUAAUAAACUUUAGAUUUUGUUUUAUUAUUUAAUACAAAACAAUUAAUAUCAAUGUGUUUUGUUUAAAAAAUAAAUAAAUAAAAAAUCCUAACGAUUUAAUUCUUUCAUAUUUAAACAAUUUCCAGAAUUAUUCUGAGUGGACUUAAUUUAUCUUGAACUCCACACUACUUUUUGUUUUGCUGAGUUUAUGGGAAAAAAAAUGUUGUUAAAACAAUAUAUCAGAGUGUCUCAGCAUAACAGAUAGGAGAUGACCAACGGCUAUCAAUUAGGGCCAGUGGCUUGGGCAAUGAGUGUCAUGACGGAGCUGUGGGGGGUGCUGCGUAACAUGGGUCACUAACUAGCCUCCCAUCCUCCUACCUACAGAAAAACACUAAAGAAAGCAAAACUGACUGAGUGGAACUCAUAGAUGUAGAUAAUUGACUAUUAGAUUUCAUUAUCUCAUAUUUCAUCACUUCCUAUUUGAUAUCAAAGGUCUCUGAUAUAUGUAGGAAUUUGUGUAAAUUAUAUAGGUCCGUCAUCAUUUAAAAAAAAAGAAAGAUAAAACAAUAAUAGUGGUGUCAGUUUUAUUCUCAUCUUUACUCAGAAUGAAAAUCCACUCUCCUAUUUUGUAGUGCUCCUAAUUUGGUCUCUACUAACAAAUGUGUAGAUAGUUAUUUGAUGCGAAGUACUUACUUUAGAUGGACAUAGUGUGACCACAAUCUGAGCUAUGCUUCCGUACGUGAAGAGAGAGACAUAAUUCAUGAGAAAUAAUUCCUGCUUUUAUGUCACAGUUUAUAUUCACUCUAUAUAAAGUGUGAUUUUCUUUUUUUUUUUUUUUAAGUGCUUUUUGAGUUAAGUGAGAGGAUGGUUAAGCACCUAAUUUGCUCACUUUUCUUGAUGUUUAUGGUCUCACUAGACCUAAAGAUAUUUGAAUGUCACGUAUGUUCAAGCAGGGGUUUCACAUAUAACAUCCAAUCGGGAGACUCCACUCUAGUCCGCUCUAGACUAUGAGACCCUGAGAUUAAAACCACUGAGAGUGGUUGCAAGAAAAGUGUUAAAGUGUAGGGAUAUGAGUAUACUGAUAGUAUCAGCAGUAUAGCUGCUGUCAGUUUACAGAGCUCUUUUAAGUCAUAAGUGUAACUACUUGUGGGGAUAAACUACCUAUUCUAGAAAUUCCUCUGCAGAAAUGUACAGGGUAACGUUUUAUUCCUGGGAUUCGGGGGUGUCUGUUGGCAGCUAAUCAGAGCAAUGAGGGGAAUUUGUAACUCUAGUAAAAAAAAAUUUAAAAUAGUUAUUGCAUUAUUACUUUCAUGCAUCAUAAAUGGUGUCAUUUGACCCAUUUUCUUAUUAGAUUUCAACCUUAGUAACAAUAACCCUGUUCCUGUAAAAAAACCUUCUACAAACUCAGCCUUAGCGUUGUUCUAGAUAUUGUUGGCUCUUAUUAAGCAGAACUUUCCAUAAUGAUGUUAGCUGUUUUAGGCUUGGACUAUAAUAGCUGGACAUCAGUUGUCAUCAAUGUUUUUUUGGCUUAAUUCUAGAAUUGUGUGUUUUGGACCAUACUGGGUUAAAACAUUCAGGAGAUAUAAUAUCACAUGACAGCUCACAGACAAUAUUGAUCCGUGCUGUGUUCCUGGGCAGAACUGGAUUGUGAUGUCAUUUGCUAUGUUUAUAAAUUCGAAAUAAAACAAAGCGUCAUGGGAAAGAAAAGUUCAACACAGGUUAUAAGUUAUUUUCAAUGUUUUAUUUCAGUGGUGUAUUUUUAAGAAAAGUGGCUGCUUCCUGUUGGGGACAAUACUAAACUAAUUUCCUCCUAGUAUAAGAGAGUGCUAGAACCACCUCCCCCAGUUUAGAAGUGUACUGAUACCUUAUUUCCUCCCGUAUAGGAGAGUACUGUAGUAUUGGGGUAUACGGUAUAUUUUUGGGGGGAUUCUUGACAUUGUAGAAUACCUGAACAUAAAUAAAUCACUGAUUAACCCUGUGAUCAAUGCAACCCGAUCAGAUUGAACUGUUCGUUAUAUAUAGAUUGAUGAUAAUGUUUGAGUCCAUUGAUCCUGCAUUUACUGGGGAAAAGUAUAAUGACAGAUUAAAAGGGUUCUGUAGCCAGGCACGGCUUGUUCGUGUGCAUUAUUAAAUAAAUUCAGAAUGAUGCUUGUAUGGGCCAUGUACAAAUUACAUAGCUCGCUACCCAUCAGGACAGGGUAGAAGGAGCAUAAUUCAGUGUAAGUACCAUUCUCUUUUCUAUUACCUUCAUUACCAAGGUCAUACUAAUCAACUCAAUUACCAGUUCUCAUAGACAUUUUCAUAAUGUUUUCUGCUUGUUGCUCUCCCGUGAAAACCUCACAACCCAGCCUUAAUGAAUGCUAUUUUACCACCCACUGUGCUUAUCACAUUGACCAUGUAAACCUUAUUAGAACCAGACAAACUUGAGACGUGCUCCCAGCAAUUCAUUGUCCUGCCUUUAAAUUAAGCCCCUUGUCAAUGUCUGUUGGUGUCAUUCACAAUAUGGAUUCUGUUUCAAUAAAAGGAACACUCCAAGCAAAAUAACCAGUGCAGUCUGAUGCAGUGGUUAUGGUGCAAGGAUUGCCCUAGCACCGUCCCUUAGUAGGUAAUCAAACCAUUUAAGAACAAUUUGACAACUUACCUCAGUUCUGCUGGGUGUACUACCACAUACCGUCCUUGCUACCAGAAGGCCCUGGUAGACGUUUCCAGUAAGCUCCACUGAGCUAAGCCCGGCAAAGCUGCGCUUCACUUAUUAGCCAAGAGCAUUAACUCAUCACAUCUGGGCUUAGUGCAAUGGCAGGAGCCUCCAGCAACAAGGGAAGUUGGUGGGUGAACAGAAGGAGCCAGAUAAGUUGUCAAACCAUUCUUAAAAGGUAAGGCUACUUACCGUGUUUUAUAUACUGUAGUGGUUAUGGUGCUUUGAGAAUUCCCUUUACUGUACUUGGUUGCUUAAUUUCCUUAAGAGUCUAAAAUAAUAUGUGAACUAUAGUAAUGUUUUUUAUAGAAAUAUCAUAGUCUUGUAUUUGUAUUCAUUUGUUUAUUUUAAUUGGGGGGUGGGUGAAUAACCACUUCCCUUCCAAUUCAGUGGAUAGAUGAGGCUAGAUUUGGUUUUACAAAGUGAAGCACAAUGAAAUCUAAAUAAUAAACCAAAACUUUACCUUUCUAGUUCCCUUCCAGACCUUCCUUCCUUCACCUGGAGAAAAAAACAUUUUUUCAUGUGGAUACCUCUCAUUCAAACUGCUUUGAUGAUAGGGACUUAUAACUACCUGUCACCCCAUAUAAAUGCCUGUCACCCCAAUGGAACUAGAAGGUAAAACAUAAUGGCUGCAUGCAUGGAAUGGGAGUAGUUGUAGAAAAUGAUGGAUGCAUGGAAUAGCCUUCCAGCUGAAGUAGUAGAGGUUAACACAGUAAAGGAGUUUAAGCAUGCGUGGGAUAGGCAUAAGGCUAUCCUAACUAUAAGAUAAGGCCAGGGACUAAUGAAAGUAUUUAGAAAAUUGGGCAGACUAGAUGGGCCGAAUGGUUCUUAUCUGCCGUCACAUUCUAUGUUUCUAUGUUUCUACACUGCAAUCAAUUACAAAGGUUACAAUACCAUGUAUAAUACAGUUGCCUGGCUCUGUUCAGGCAGCAGUACUUACUUUACAUCCCCAUGGGUAACCAACCAGAACUGCCCAUGUGCAGAGAGCUGUUUAAGAGGGAAAUGCUCUUAAACAACUUUGUGCAGCUGCCAACGCGUUUAAUAAUAUCCUUUCCUUGCACUUUGUGGGUGCUGCACUGGGACUAUCCCAUGAGAUCUGGGACAGUUAGUAACUAUAACUUUUUUCUGUGACUACAUUGCUGUUGCUAUGGUCACCUAUACUGAAACUCUGUUAAGCAGAUAUCCAAUAAAAUCACUAUAACUAUAUGCAUAUGCACUCUUGACAUCAGAUAUUCCAUUAAUUUCCAUGGCGAUUGCUCCACUUUUUGAACUUUGGCCUAAAAUUGGUCUUCAUACAUAAACCCACUGGUGUCAUAUGUGUAAUUUCCUGUCAAAUUGAAAUUAUAUUUAUUCUGGCCUGUAUUAUAUAAAAAGAAAAUAACUUUGUCCCUGCAAAAUAGCUGAACAAUAAAUGGAAAUUUGGCACAUUUACUUUCAACAAAUGAUAGUCUAGGGCCUCGUCCUUCCAGCUGUUGUUGACCUUGUUUUAAUAUGUAUUUAUAAAGCACUGGACAGGGUUGUGGUUUACUUAAACAGACAGAGCUGCACAAAUUAAAGAUACCUAGCUACCAUUUACUUUUUAAAGGGCUACUCAUCUCAUUGAAGUGGUCUAGGUGCAGUGUCCCUGUCCCCUUAGCCCUGCAAUGUAAAACACUGCCGUUUCAGAGAAACUCCAAUGUUUACCUUUAAGGGCUAAAACUACCUCAAGUUGCUGUCUACAAGACAAGCCACUAGAGGUGCUCCAUGACCCUUUAAACUUACACCGAAAUCAGGGCCGGUGCAAGGAUUUUUGCCACCCUAGACAAAAGCAAAGUUUGCCUCCCCUCCCACCCCAUGUGACAUCACAAUGCCCCACCCAUAUGAUCUGCCAUAUGAACCAACGUCAGUGCUGCACACAGUGUGCGUUUACAUUAAAAAGCCUGUAGAGACAGAUUAUAGAAACCAGAACCACUACAUUAAGUUGCAGUGGUUCUGGGGACUAUAGUGUUUCUUUAAUGUGAGGUAAAUUAGAAAUUAGUGCCACGAAUAAUAUACUAGAUUGCCUACUUACAAACAGAUGAGGAUGAUGAUGGGCUCUAGCUGCAGUCUGGCUCCACUGGUCUGGUGUAGAACAGGCUCUCUGGAGGCUGUUUGUAACUGCGGUCACAAAAUUCAAUGUUCUGGGAGAAUUGGAAGCAGAUCCGUUUUUUGGGGCCCCUUACACAACUCAAGGUCUGGGCCCCAGGGCCUGACGGUGAGAAUGCCCUUAAGGCCCACCCAUAAGUCCACCUAUGUUCGUUCACAGGAAGUGGAGUCCAUGUUCAUUCACAGGAAGUGGAGUGUGUAGGGGAUGUGUUAUGGUAGAGUAUCUAUUAUGGUAGAGGAUCUAAUGUGUGUGCUUAUAGAAUGUAGUGUAUAUGGAUACAAGUUUGUGUAGGUGAUGCAGUGUUUUUGUGUGUAGUGGAAGCAGUGUGUUUUUGUGUAAGGGAUACAAAGAAGUGCGUGUUUGUGUAUAAGGGAUGUAUUGUGUGUUUCUCAUUGUGUGUAAGGGAUGCAUUGUGUGAAUCUGUGUUUGUAUGCAUAAGGGAUGCAAAGUGUGUUUCUGUGUAUGUAAGGGAUGCAGUGUGUGUGUCUGUAGGGGUGUGUCGAGUGUGUGUAAGAGAUGCAUUGUGUUUCUGUGUGUGUGUAAGAGAAGCAAUGUGUGUUUGCAUGUGUGUGUAAGUGAUGCAUUGUGUGUUUCUGUGUAUGUGUGCAAAGGAUGCAUUGUCUUUAUGUGUUUCUCUGUGUGUAAGGGAAGCAUGUUGUGCAUCUGUGUGUGUAGGGAUGCAUUGUGUGUUUCUGAGUAUGUAUAGGGAUGUAUUGUGUGUGUGUGUGUGUGUGUGUACGUAGUGUGAAAGAGAUCCCUGUCCUGCCCCCUGUCCUAUAGAGCUCUCCCUCCCAUCCCUUAGAGAUCUCCCUUGCCCCUUAGUGGUCUCUCCUCCUCCCCACCUCCCUUAGUCGUCUCCUUUUCUCCCCGACUUUCCAUUAGUGGUCUCUCGUCUCCCCCUUAGUGGUCUCUGCUCCUUUCCAUUAGUGGUCUCCCCCCCACCCUUAGUGGUCUAUCCUCCACCCCCCUCCCUCCCUUAGUGGUCUCUCCACCACCCCCUCCCUCCUUUAGAGGUCUCUCCCUCCCCCACGUUCUCCUCAACCCCCCCUCCUUUAGUGGUCUCUCCCUCCCCCACGUUCCCCUCCUUUAGUGGUCUCUCCUUCCCCACGUUCUCCUCAACCCCCCUCUCCUUUAGUGGUCUCUCUCCUUCCCCCGUUCUCCUCAACUCCCCCGUGUUCUCCUCCCUUCUCCUCUUCUCCCCUGCCCCUCCCUGUAAUCUUCUCAUCUUCUCCCCUCACCCCUGUAAUCUUCUAUUCUUCUCCCCCCACCCCUGUAAUCUUCUCUACUUCUCACCUCCCUCCCUGUAAUCUUCUCUUCUUCUCACCUCCCUCCCUGUAAUCUUCUCUUCUCCCCCCCUUGUAAUCUUCUCCACUCUCCCCCUGUAAUCUUCUCUUCUCCCACCCCCACCUCCCUGUAGCGAGGCCGAGCUCCUCUCUGGUCCGCGGUACAGGAGCUUCUGUUUCCUGUACCCGGCUGGACUGAUAGGAAGUGCACACUGAGUGUGCACUUCCGGUCAGUCCGGCUGGGUUGCGGACCGGAGAGGAGCUCGGCCACGCUACAGGAAGGGGAGGUGAGGAGAGAGGCAGUACGGCAGCCGCCUGAGCGCUCUCUUUAGAGCGCUCAGGCGGCUGCAGUGUUUAAAGGCCUGGCGAUGAGGGUCUGCCUAGUUCGCCUUAUAGGAAGCGCCGGCCCUGACUGAAAUAAUAAGAAACCUAUGUCCCCUGUGCUGACUGAGGAUGAUAUGAGGUGUAGUAACUGCCACAUGUCUUUAACCCCUUAAGACAUGUGUGACAGUUACAAAUAUAUUUGGGGCCAAUACAAACCAUUGUGUGGAAAUCUAUUCACAAACCGGACUUUACAUAGCCAUGCAUUUAGACUGGAAGAAAGAAGAUUUCGUCUAAGGCAAAGGAAAGGUUUUUUUACUGUAAGAACAAUCAGGAUGUGGAAUUCUCUGCCUGAAGAAGUGGUUUCAUCAGAGUCCAUACAGAUGUUCAAACAGCUACUAGAUGCAUACUUUGAAAAACAGAAUAUUCAAGGAUAUAAUCUUUCAAUGUAGGGUAAUAACUGCUUGAUCCAAGGAUAAAUCUGACUGCCAUUCUGGGGUCAAGAAGGAAUUUUUUUUCCUAGCUUGUUGCAAAAUUGUGCUUCAAACUGGGUUUUUUUGCCUUCUUUUGGAUCAACAGCAAAAAACAAAUGUGAGGUAGGCUGAACUUGAUGAACGCAAGUCUCUUUUCAGCUAUGUAACUAUGUAACAUGACAUGAGUGACAUGUCAUGAUUCCCUUUUAUUCCAGAAGUUUGGUCCUUAAGGGGUUUAAGUGUAAUGGUUUUUGCAAGGGACAGUUGCUCACCCCAUCACUUCAGUAACUGCUGUUAUUAAAUCCGCUAUAAAUUCUAUGCUCACAAUGGCAACCUUAAGAAACCCAGUUUAAUUGUCUACACUAUAAAGCCAAAACUCUGUACUCCCAUUAAAGCAAAAAAAAAAAACCACCACCUAUUUGAUAAGUGCCGUAAUUAUAAAUACAAAAAGAAAAGUUCUGCGCUCAAACUCCCAUCACUCCUGGGCGGCAGCAACGGCCACAGUACACAUCAGCCCCAAUACAUACAGCAAAAAUCAAAGAAAAAACAUUAUCUGUGCUCUCUCCUAAAUCCCUAUACAUAUUUAAACAAAUGGAGGUUAUUUAUUUACUCUAAUGACCAUUGGAGGGAAUGCCCACCUGCCACAUCAAGGCAGACCCCGUAGUUGGGGGGGUCCUACGCUGACCCUUCACCUUGCUUCCUUGAGCUUCUGGCAAAGAUAUCUCUAAUGAGACAGAGGGGGGUAUUUUUUUUAUAUAAACCCCUUCAUACUUAUUAACCCUUAAUAGGGAACACAUGGGAUGGGCGGCAGUACCGUAAUUAUGCUCAGAUAUUAUUUAGCCCUUUUGGAUGUUUCACAUAGCAACAUUUCAAUUAUUUGCACUGUUGUCCCAGAAUUAAUUACAUAUUAUUGUUCAGGACUAAGAGACAUUUCAGGUGUGGAAACGGUGGCACAUUUUCCCAAAAAUGUAUCUGUUAAAUUUUUAUUUUUUUUAAUAUAAUUAUUUCUACUCCUUAAUAUCUUGUUAAGAAUUGCCAUACCAGGAAACAAAAAAGGUAAUCUCAAUAUUACCACUCUUGUUUUGUAGUUAUUUCUGCACAAGUUGGAAACACUCCGUAUGCACCUUGUUACAAAAUGGAGUCCGCCCAUUCUCUCAGUCGCUGCUGUAUACCGACAUAAUAAGCAGUGAUCACCGUAGACAGCAUAAAAUGUUUGUUUCCCAGAUAUAAGGAGCAUGUAACCGGCGUGCGUGAAAUCAUUGCACACUGAUAUUUUUCAUACUGUCAGAUGUUCCCUUGAAAAUAGAGGUCUCUUUUGCGAGCCCUGUGUAAUUAGUUAAUUGGUGAAUUCACUGGCUCAUUACACCCAGUAGUUGUGUAGAGCAGCAGGUCCCAAGGUAUAUCCCUGCAGAGAAACACUGUCAUAACUAGUCAUUGUGAGAUGAAAAAGGCAUAUGGAUUUCAAAAGGAUAUGGCAGCGGAACAAUAACCCAGAGCUCCCGGAGAGUUCAACGUAGUAGUUGACUUUAUUCAUUUAUAGAUUGGAGCGCUGUAGGUAGGAGACACUCAAAGCCUAACUAAAAUAAAUAUUCCCAUCAAUUUUUUAUUGAACUGCUGCGAGAAGACAGGGUAGCAUCUAUUAAAGUAAAGAAAUAAAAAAAUUGUAUUGCUGCUAAAUUUGAUUCUUCGACUGCAUUCCAAAGCUGAGCUAACAUGUGAAGUCAUCACACCAAGACUUCAUUUGUUCUAUUUAUUGAGCAAAAAAAAGUAGCCCAACAAUGUUUCAAUCCCCUGUUGGAGCUUCUAAAAGGUGCGUUAAUGCCACUUUUUAGAUCUAUAUUUGUCAGCUUCUCAGAGCUCAUAUUUCUUCCUCCUUUAUGCACCGUCAAGUCAACGGCACAUACAUAACCCUUAUUCCACAAGCUCGCUCCAUUGGAGUUAUUUUUGACCCUGGGCCUGCAGCCAGUGUCUGAUACAAGCUAAUUUCAUUCUAGCUCAUGAUAUAACCAAAGCACUGGAAUACAUCCAAUCCUGCAUUAUGGGUCUCCAAUAUACCAGUAUUAACCAAGUACUAUGCACAAUAGGCACCUCUGCCAGGCUUAUCUUUCAUAACUGCAGCUCCUCAACCAAGUCACCUCUUGGUCAACUCUUUUUGUAUCCUUUUUAAAAAUCUCUACUUUUAGCUACAAUGCUCUCACCAACUGUACCCUAAAUAUAUAUAGGAAGGUCAUUCAAAAGGAAGAUAAUUCAACAGGGGGAUAUGUAUCUUCUAGUUAUCAAGUACACCAUUUCUUGGACACUCCCCUCCACCACUAAUUCGCUUGUUGCCUGGUCACACAUGGACCUCCAACUCUUGCUAGACAUUAUUUUGUGGAAUUCUCUUCCUUUCCUUUUGAAGGACCUUCAUCUGUUCUCCAGAAUUCGUUUGAGUAACCAUAUUAACUAAUCUCUCUUCUAACAGCUGUCUAUACCAUCACAACUCACAUUUCCAUAGUUUAUUUAACUGUAAUAAUCUUAUUCAUUGUUUAGACUUUUGUUUAGCCAUAUACAGACUGCAUAACUGGCAAACUCUUUUUUCCCUUCUGCUUUAUUGUUUGCGUGUAACAAACGUUGGUUCCUCUAUUUUUUUUAAGCUGAUACCAACAAAUCUUUUGUUACAAACUUAUGGUGAUAAUUGUUUAUAUCUUCACAUUUUUCUCAGUGGACAUAGAUACCAAUAACCUUUUUUUUUUUUUUAAAGAUUUCAGAAAGGGUCCCCUUCGGCUGCCUCCCCUGUGUAUAUUUCACUUCCCAAUAAGAUGCAGUCAAACAGCCCCCCUCCCCAAAUUCUAAAUAAGGUUGAUUUUCAAAAAUGCUGCAAUUACUCCCUUGCGCAUUGUGCGGUCUGUGACUUAAUACUGUCACUACGAGUAUAAUGGAAUCUUUUAAUCGUCUCAGCAUAUGUUGCUUUUAUAUUAGGUGCCAAUAAUUACAUUCAGGGGAUCGCAUGCACAGUCUUUCAGGAGAUAAAAUUGAAAUGGUUUCACACUGCGUGCUCAAGUCCUUGGGAUCGCUACAGAUUUCUCCUUCACUGCUUCCCUGUCCCCCUCUCCCUGCGAGGUUCACAUUGAAGUGUGACAAGAGACGGCUGACAAGUGACACAUGCUGGAUAUUAUCAGCAGUAAGAGUAGACAUGGGAUCUGAGUGAAGAACGUCUGUCAUUUAUACACCAUUUAUUCUUCUCACUGCUUGCCUCCUUUCUCUGUAAACUCUUCCCGAGAACGCACUGCGCUCGUCGGGAUUCUUCUCUUGUUUUGCACAUAAGAUUUGUGAUCGACAUUUAUCUACAGACAGGCUCAUAACAUGCCAACCACCGCCUGCUGGUGAAUGAAUUGUCAUGUCAUGGCUGAGAGAAGACACUUUAAGAGAGCAGCUUUGUGUGGGCAUCAAAUAGUUAUCUCAUAAACCUUCACUUCUGUAUUAUCCUUUGCAAAGGUAAAAUAAAACGAUAUUCAGCGAUGAGUUAUUUGUGCCACAGAUAUCUAAAAAAAAAAAAAGUGAGAACGCUCAAUGUAAAUCCCCAUAGAGAAAUAUUUAAAUAACAAGUUCAGCUUCAGACAGGUGCACAUUUAAUCUGCAUAUUGCGUUGCUGAACUUUCUAACAAAUGUCUAGAAAACAAGAUCUAGAUCAGAAUCUGUAGUUUGACAAGUAUCUACAUUUUGACGGCAUUAAAAUUGACACAAUCCUACCUGUAUACAUUUUUUUCCCACAAUAAUUUUACCAUUUCUAGUUUGAAAAAAUAGAAAGUGUUCCUUACACGUUAUUUCAAAUAGUCAAACGUAAGCAAUCACUUGGAGAAGAUUUAUCGACACAUUAAGGGAAACAUUUUUCAAUUUUUACCUUCUUGAUUUCAACACCUUAGAGGGCUUGAUAGGCAGCUAGUGAUACUUUUCAAGAGAUGUACAUAUACCUCACAGUUAUAAAACGUAAGUGUUUUGCACGUUAGAAAACCAUACUUCUGUCAUGAUUUUGUCUAGUUGGAGGAGCGGGGUUUGUAGUGCCAUCCACUGCUCUGAAGAUUCCCAUGAUGUCAUGCAUGGCUGUUGGUAAUUGCUAGGCCCGCAAAACCGCAAUUUUUGUUGUUGUUAUCAUUGCAAUCUCAGCAUAUUGACCUGGAGAUUGGGUGAUUAAGAACAAUUGAUCAUGAACUAAACCAAUGUUAGCGUCUGAGCGUAAGGUAGCACUCCAAGCAUUAUUAUCACUACAGCCCACUACAGUGGUUAUGGUGCCACGUUGCCCUAGCGCACUCCUAGAGUAAGUAGCUUGCAAAUUGUUUCACAAAUUACCUGGGGUCUGGCAGUGCACUGGUCACAGCCUUCCAUGAAUCUGGGAGCUUCUGCAAGUAGCUUCCAUUAGCUCCACUGACCUGAGCUUGGCUUUACAAGGCCUGCUCAUUGGCUGACAAAGUAAGCUGAGCACUUUCAGCCAUCAGGGCUGCAAAAGAGGAGGCAGCCAGCACCCAGGGGACCCCAGAUAUGUUGUCAAACUGUUCUUCAAAGAUAUGACUACUUCUCCAGGGCACUCAUAUCACCAUAACCAUUACAGUGGAAUGUAGUACUGGUUAUAGUGGUUGGAGUGUCCUUUUAAGACAUUUUUGGCUUGUGUACACAAUAUCACCUGAAGCUCAGAAACCAUUGUCAAAGGAAGACAAGUGCAGGACUGUGAUCACAGUUCACACUCACCUUGAGGCCGAUUCAUCGAUUCCUUCCCCUCCAGAAUGGUGUCCAUUUGUCUGAUAUAUAGAUUGAUUACAUUUUAUGGUACCAUCUUUAUGCUCAUCCUUUUUUCAAUUACUUACCACUAAGAGUAUCAUGAAGAGGUGGACAGAUAUUGUUUUUUUACCUAUCCUAGGCCAGCAGACACGGAGUAUGAACUUCUCUCUCUCGUAGCAAAACGUAUAUAUAAACAUAUGCUGGGGAGGUGACCAAGGAUCUGUGGAAGGAGGUGCUCAAAAUAAUUUAGCACAGGAGGACUAGUAAUGUUACAGAAUGAUUUGCCACAUGAUCUCUCUCUUUGUUAUUUCUGGACACUCUGUAACAGAGACAGGAAAACAAAUAGAUCAAUAUGAUGAUGAUGCUCUCAGAGGUGGAGGGUCAGAAAAAAAUGUGUUAAAUUGCCAUUGCCAAAGUAGAGCACAGUUCUUCUGUCAUUCCUCUUCUUUUUGGAAGGACAAAGGUAACAUGGGCUAUUGUAGCGUUGUUAAAUUGGAUCAUCCCGAGAAGCCAUAGAUCUCAGUGACAGCCCGAUGCAGAGGGAAAGUUCGUGACAGUUCUUCAAACAUAUUGUCACCAACAGAUGUUGUUUUUCUCCGAUGGUGAGUGAUAGAUUGUAAGCAUGAAACAUAAGAUGAAUUACUUCAAAAUAAUGUAAAAUUAUAGCGACAAUGUUUUUUCGCACUUAGAGUUACAUUCACCUGCAUUGUUUUCUCUGUCGCUCUGUUUGGUGGUCUAAAAAGAAAGUCAGUGCAAUCAUGCAUUUUGUGCUAUUUUAGGCAAAUUCACAAAGUGGUUAAUUGGGAUAUGGCAUCCGGAUGAAUGCAAGAGGCUAGCAUAGCUCCCAAAUUUGCCCCAGUUUGAACCGAGAUGGGGAAGGCCUUCCAGUUGACACACACAUUGUCACUGAUGAUGUACCUAAAUGGGUGGGAUCAUCCAGAAAGCAUGCAGGUCCACUUAAGGGGCAUGUGAGGCUGGUGUCAAACACGCCAGGCUCACAGAUAUCCUCUUGGCCAGCCCCCUCCAUAGCAAACCAGUGCUCUCUGCUUGAUUGUAGUGCCCGCUGCACAGUUUGAGCGCUUCCAAUGAUGAACUCACACUGUGCUGUCCAGGGACAUAUCUGUGGGUCACCAGGUAACUAAAGCAGGAUGGUGGGACUGGACCCUCAAAGGCGGGUCAGUUGGGAUGCGUGGACUGGGCAGGUGUGUAAGAGUAUUUGGUAAAAGAAAAAUUAGAGAGUACAUAAAAGUUGGCAGAACAAUUUUUUAUUUUUUAUUAGUGCUUUGUAGUGUGGACCUCAUGUAGCUUAAAUCGAUUGAUAAUGUCUGUGAUUUACAAAUGAUAUAUCAUGUUUCAUUUCUGAGCUCACAGGAAUUUAUUUAUAGAUAACACAUGGAUGUUACUGGCCUAAGUAAACGUACUUCCCAAUCUUUCUGCCAAUACGACAGGAAGGCUAUGCUAUUUUCAACAGUCUAUAUGUAAUCAGAUGUACAAUUGUUCUGCACGUUAAUUUUAUACCCAAGGUAAACUUCCCAUAAAAAAAAAAAGUUGCCCAGAUAGACAAUUAAUAUUGAUCAAAUCAACUCGCCUCUAGUAAAACCUGUCUAUGUAGCUUUCCAUCUAUUCAAACUCAAGGAUACACAGCCAGAAAUAUGUACAAGUGCAUUAUUAAUGAAAUUCAUCUGCACAAUAAUCCUUAAGGGCUAGGAUGAGAUCCCCAAGGGUAUAUGUAUGCAAAUCCCCAUUAUGAGACUGUAACAAAUAAUCUCCGGUACAUGCAAGGUGUUUUUUUUUUUGUUUUUUUUUAAAUGCUUUGGCUAUUUCCUUCUUUUAUUGCCAAGAAUAUCCCAAUCUUCCCAGAGGGAAGCCCGAGACAGCUGACAUUUAUUACACGACACCCAUUAGGAGCACAUUCUCGAAGUUAUUCUUUAUGUCGCUACCUUUACUAGGUAGUUAUGCCUUUAGACACAAAUAAUCUAUAUAUGACAAAAUAAACUAUACCUUUUGUAAGUAAUAGGUGUUCGAUUGUUGCAUCCUUCUUUGCAAACAAAUGCCAUAUAUAUAAUAUAUAUGUAUAUUUUUUUAAUCAUAUAUAUAUAUACAGAAAAAAACUGUCUUGCAAUCCAACUUACUGAUGUCUUUGCCCGGUGCUUGUCAGCAUACUAGAACCAUGUAGCAUAGAGCUAGCACUCCCAGGACUCCAAAUGUAUUUAAAAAUAAAAUGCAACUUUUAUUUUCUUUAAUUAAAAGAUCAACGUUUCAGGAUGAAAGUUUGGGUGACAAACUGAAUCGUGGAUAUUUUAAUUGAAGAAAAUAAAAGUUAAAUUUUUAUUUUUAUUUUAUAUGAUAUAAAAUACAAUAAUAAUCAGGGCUAUGCCAGUUAGAAGGUAGAUAUAGAGCAAAACUGAUAUUUUAGUAUCUCGUCACUGGUUUGCCUCUCCCCGCACCAUGCGUUUCAACUAAACAGUCUUCCUCGGGCACCUCACUGAGAAGCCUCUGCAUCUAUCCCUGCGUGUGUGCGUGCACUUCACAGCGUUAAGAAAAAAAGCAGAUCUGAUCUGCUGUCUGUGAGUAGCAACGCGCGGGGAGACGGGCGCGCUCAAGUUGAGUACGACUGCCUCUUCUGCAAGCUCAGGGGUAACGGUAACAGAACACAAACCUCCUGGCUGAUUGAGUAACAGGCAGGAUGGGGUGCUUAUUUAAUUAUAUAAGUGCUGAUUUCUAUGAGAAAUCAUCACUUUUCUAAAAGGGGAUAUUCCUCACCCAUAAAGCAUUUCAGUAAGUUCAAGUGCUUUAUGGGUGUUUAGUGGUCCUGACGUGGAUAUCCCAGGUAACCAUGGCCAUUUAUUUCUGGUGUGCCUGAUGUGUAGAUUAUAAAUAUCCAGAUUGGCCAGGCACUAUAUGUACUGUGUCCAGUGGGAAGAAGGACAAUUGCUCUUAGGAAUGUUGCUUCAAUAAAAUGAAGUGACACCCAUGGACAUCCGUAGGACUCAUGUAAUAUCGCGCAAUAUACUCUUUGUGUGGGAAAUCCAAAAUACUCACUUUCAGUCCACCCCUGGUGAUGACAAAUCAAUCACUCUAUCAAGCUGCAUAUUUCCCUUAGACCAGGGCCAAGCAACUGUCGACACUCCAGAUGCUGUGGACUACAUGUCCCAUAAUGCUUUGCUAGCAUUACGGCUGUAAGAGCAAAAUGGGCGACGUAAUCCGCAGCAUUUAGAGUGCUGAAGGUUGCCUACCCCUGCCUUAGACCCAAGUAUAUUUCUAAGGAACUCCUAAGCUGCUCACUUCAACAUAGCAUUACCUCACACCUUUAACAUAGUAGCUAAGAAAUUAGGAUAGGAUGGUACGUGUUUGGAGUAGCAUUAUGUCAGUACUGCAAUUGCUUUUAAUUAUGUGUUCAUCCUGCAUCUUUAGGUACUUUCUUUGGUGUUUUAAGAACACAGGAACAAAACCUCAAGAAAAUAUAUAAACCCGUAUCGCACUUGUCUCAGUAAAAACAUUACUUUUUAUCGAUACAGGGAUUAAAAAACAAACAAAAAACCAUAUAACUAUGCAGCAGAACACCUGAGAGAGACUGCAAUGAUUAGAUCAAUGCUCUAAAACAGGACUGUCUGUCUGGAUCCAGGACUAUUGGGAAGAAUAUGUUUACAGUUAUGAUAAAUGUUUCUGUUUUUUCUGUUUUUUUUGUGUUCUUUUUUAGCUGUAACACCAAAUCUUUCAGUGAGUGAUGAAAGAUGGGAAAAAAGUUUUCUAAACGAGUAAAUGUUUUGUUAAAGUCCGCAGAUUAAGAUAACUGUGCUGAAAGGGUUUCAUCACAUCCCAGGGCCGGCGAGGCUCUAUGAAGUCAUUAUCAGUGGUCUAUCGUAUUUUAUGCUUCACAUUGUAAGGAAAACAUUAAUGGAAAGAGCCUGGCAACCUCUGAUUUCAAUUAGACUAACAGGGUAGAAAGAGCCCAGUAAUCUUCAGUUUAAUGAUGCUGAAGGUGAUGAUAAUCUAUUUAAUGCAAUUCCUUUCAACAAGGAAGGGAAGAAAAAUAAUAAAAAUCUGCAUGGCCGAGACAUAUGGAGGUGUUGUAGGAAACACAGUGGCGAGAUUGAGUGCUUGCUCGUGUGUGUUCCUAAGCCUAUAAAAAUUCAAUUUUUGAAAACAAGAACAAGUCAUUUGACUAGGUCUACAAGUCCAUGCGCUUGUCUCAGGCAAUAAAUCGCCAUCAUUGGUAGUUAGACUAAAAUAAUAAAAAGCAGCAAACAGGAAGAGCAGAGUGGAAUUCCUUGCUAAUCUUGUACUUUGUGACUAUAUAACAGUGUCACUGCUCUGAGCAAUCCCUGCACAAGUCUCUGGCACUGCAGCCGGCACGGACAAAGACCUCUGGCUGGUUGAGCAUCGUAGUGGUAGCAUUCCACAGCGUGUGCAGUAUAAGAGGAUACUACUAUGCCUGGCAGCAAAUAUUUUUGUUUGUUUUUUAAUCAUUAUUAUUUUUGUUCUGUUCUUUGUGUACAUUUGUCACAGAGCCCAAUUCCUCACCCCUUUUCCUUUGCGCUGAUUCUGGGCUAUCUUUGACAUCUCGAUGUAUGUGUCCACUAUAGGUGAGUGCAUGCCUCAUAACUCCAUCAUCCAUAGAAUUGGGUGGGAGAAGGGUAGAAAAUGUAUGAUUGCAUCACUGGCUCCACUCCUUUACUUGCCGGACAGGUGGUGUGUAUACAUGCCUGCCUGUCAUGUAAGGCCAGACGACUGAGGACAAAACUUGCAGGGAGCACGGUUUCAGUCCUAUCUGCAGGAUCUGAACAUGCGAGCGUGUCAAAUGAUGCCCUUGCACUAUGCUUUUGUGGGACAGUUUCCUAGUGUCCUCAAAUCAGGACUUUCCCACCAAAAUCAGGAUGGUUGGGAGGCAUGUGUGUGUAUUGCAUGCUUUGCAUGCAAUGUGGAGGCUGCAGGCUGUGCGUUCUGGCGUCAGAUGCCAAUCUUGCACAGAAUUAACUUUAUCCAGCCCACAAUUUUGUUCUAGGCUGGCUUCUGAGGCUGCCGAUGGUGGAGAUACAUCUCUGGCAGCUAUGGGGUUAAUAUCUGUAUGUGCAAUGUUUCUAAACAAAAUGUUGCACAUCUAGAUCCAAGCACCUUAAUCACUUCAAAUCACUGAAGUGGUCAUGGUGCUUGCAGUAACCCUUUAAGAGUAUUUGGGUAAACCCAUUCAGAAAUAACCCAUGUAUAGAACUAAAAUAUUUAUAACUUGACCUUUCUCUAGGAAACGCCAGUGGCUUUCUUCUUUGAGCAUGGCUUCUUCAAGUAGUCUACCAGUUGAUGUCCUACUUCGAAUUCCAUUAUCCUCAUGUUUGACUUAUAUCUUAUAUCUAGAAGCAUAUCAACAUUUCAUUACUAUUUAAAUGCAAGUGUAACCUUGAUCAUUUUUAAUAUUUAAGUAUUCAUGUCCGUACCAAAUUUGACAUAUACAGAGUUUCGCUGGUCAUCAUGAUUUAUUUACGACGCAGAAUAUUCUACAAUCCAUCUAAUGUUGGGAAGUACUAAUUACAAACGGCAUCACUUUUGUUUGAUAUACCAUCUCACACUCCCCCUGAGAGUACAGCAUUCCUAUCUUUACAGCAUGGAUGGGCCAUUCGAAUUUAGCCGGAAUAACACGAGUAUUGUAUGUGUUUUCCUCUCCUUAAUAUAAAAUAUUAAUGGAUUUCCUUUCUAACUAGCAACGUUGCUGUAACCAGAGGAGCAAUUUAUUUUCCUAAUAGGUGAAAACCAAAACUAAUGAAACCUAAGAAGACUAUUAUGUCAUUUAUGCACAAUAUGAUCAAGCAACCCGAAAUCUAUUAAAAUUAAUUUGAGGGAAACCCAGGAUUUGUACCCCCUUCCCCUGCUUAAGCUAUUUGAUUGUCGGCAUCGUAGUGCGAUAUUAAUUCUCUAAAAUUAUAUAAAUGGAAAAUAUAAAGAGACACAGCUAUAGUGAUCCCUGUACUUUUUUCAUACUUUAGUGAUGAAAGUCAAUAGCGUGUAUUAACAAAGAUGAUCGAUGAUACCGAAUCAUGUUUUAAAUUUGUGUGUUAAGAUUUGCUGGUCCCCCCUCCUGCUUCCUAAUUCUUUAUAUUUUUUUAUUUGCUUGGGUAUUUAUUUUGUCUUCUGUUAAAUGAGUGUAAAAUAACAGAUACAAUUAGGAUCUUGUAAUACCUUUUUUAUUGGACUAACAGAAUUGUGUAAUGACUAAAUGAGUGGAUAUAGCUUGCUGCUGUGGUAUCUGACUCCAUGAAUAAACAAACAAAAAUUUAAAUAAAUCAGUAAAUUAUGGUACAUUGGCCAACCAAUGUAAACCAUGAAUACCUGUUAUUAUACAAAAAAUGAUUAAGUAUUAUGUUAACUUAUGAAAACGUUGCUAAGCAAUGUAAAUGCUCACUAAGUCGUACUACCUAACAUUUGGCAGUACCAUGGGGUAAGUGGGGUCCUGUGGGGGCUAUGCCAGUGACGGCCAUAAUGGGCAGGCCUGCCUGGAAAAGACUGUGUAACAGAUUUCCUUGUACCCCGUCUGGGUACCUCCGCCAAGGAUCGCUUCCUUGCUGGACCCGGGGACAACCUAAGCGCUUCUGCUCCAGUCGCUGUGGCUUAACUGGGGUCCUCCUGAAGCCUCUUCAUCCUGGAAUAGGAUAGGGAACUGGCUCUUUUCCCUCCCAGGGACUGGGCGACAAACAGUCCUGGGAACUUUUAUCCUUAUAAGGACCUUGCCCGCCGAAUCACCCACGAGCUGGAACAAGGUACACUGAGCAUUGAUAAGCCCUUUACUCCCCCGGAAACUAGACAACACAUAGUUCCGGGAGUACAAUUGAUUUUAAUGAGCCAACUCUGCCUUUUAUGUACAGUCCCCAGCAUGGGAUCUCCAUUGUAUUAAACACAAGCCUGGGAGUUAAUUGAGUUAAAGACUGGCAAGCUAAUUAUCUCCGAGGAACAGAGAGCCCAACUCAACAUAAAAGUACCCCAAAACAUUAUAAAAACAUAUAAUAACCCCACAAUUAGUUCCAUAGCGGUCGCAGCUGAGUACCGCUGAGGAGCAUUCAUGGGUUUGGUUCAUUAGAACGGCCACCAGGGAGCUAGCGUUCGGUUCCAUUCAAAUGAAGGGAAAGUGCCGAACCAGGAAAAGCUGCCAAUGGCGGCUGUCCCAACGAUGUCUCAGACCUGGACCAUAGUGGGUGGGAAAGAGGCCAGCUUCCACACUCCUCCAGGAGUUUGUGGCAGAUGUUCGUGGGAAGGAGCGUUUAUCACAGACUGUACCACUAAAAGCAAGACUGUAGUCAGGCCUGGUAAAUACAUUUAGAAAUAAACAUUACUACCCAUAUUUUCCGGUGUAUAAGACGACUGGGCGUAUAAGACGACCCCCGACUUUUCCAGUUAAAAUAUAGAGUUUCGGAUAUACUCGCCGUAUAAGACUACCCCUCUUCCAAUGCACACCAAAUAAAAAUUAGCCAUGAUGUACAGUGAGCAGACAGAGCUACACAGCAAGACAUUAAAUAAUGAUAAUCUGAAAUAGCAUUUAAAGCCCAGGUAUGUGCCAGGCUGUUUGGGCAUAUAAUCCAUGCCUGCUGGUCUAGCACACAGGAGGCUAAUUGCUAUAUAUUCUUUUUACUCCCCCCCCCCAAUCCUCCCUACAUUCUUCUCACCUCCCCUUCCCUGUGCAGAGUGGGUGGCCGAGCUCCUCUUCGUCCUGUCAGUCCGGCCACGGUACAGGAUUCAGUUACCUGUUCCCGGCCGGACUGAAAGGAAGUGAGCACUCAGUGGAACGGUAACGGACUGACAGGACGAAGAGGAGCUCGGCCACCCACUCUGCACAGGGAAGGGGAGGUGAGAAGAGAGGCAGUGCGGCAGCUGUCUGAGCGCUCUCUAUAGAGCGCUCAGGGGGCUGCAGCAUUAGAAGGGCCGGCGAUGGGGGCGCAGGGCGACCCCGGCAGCCAUAUAGACCCUAUACCCGGCGUAUAAGACGACCCCCGACUUUGGAGAAGAUUUUCCAGGGUUAAAAAGUUAUCUUAUACGCCAGAAAAUACAGUAUAUAAAAUUGUGCCAGCCAUACUACCCUACCAGAUGCAUGGCUUAUCUUGUUAUCCAUGCAUUUAGCAGAAGUUGUAAUAAGCAAACAGGUUUCAUUUAACAUAUAUUACAUUUGCAGUGUAAAACUAAUUUCCUGCAGACUAAUGCGUUUAUAUUACAGUACCAAAGGUAGGCCAAAUAAAAUGGAUGAGGGUGCAUUGUACACACACCUCUCUCUCUCCCUCUGUACUUAUCACAGAACUCCAGAACAAUCAAGCUCAAAUUUUAUAAAGCUCUACAACAAUACAGUUCACAAUAACGUGCAGUUUGUAUUAAGUUUUUUUUUAAAGCUCUUUAAAACAAACUAAUGAGGGAGACACCAGGAAACAAAAGUCCCCAACUGCUUUGGUGUCUUGCAUACUUCCCCUAAAAUAGCAAUCAGCAACUCUUAUUUCAGAAUGGUACUUUUUAUUUAAAAAAUAGGUAAUUUUGCAAAUUAUAUCGUUUACAAACAAUAGAUCAUUAAAUAAUAAAUACAAGAUGAACGACAAGGUAAGUUGCCGUUAGGAAGGAAUCGGCAUCCAAUACAAAGAGGCUAGAGAGUUUAAAAUGGGAAUUAUUCAGUAGGCAUUCAAACUUUAAUGUGUCAAAUCAUACCCUAAACAAAACCCAACAAAAAUUACAAUUAUUGAGGGAUUAUCUAAAAGUAGGACACCCCCUUCCUGGUAAUAUAAAUGUAUGUACGUAGUGGGCAUUGGAUAGCAUUCCCCUCAUCCCCCCAUAAAAAAACAUAACUUACCCCUUCAAAUAACGACAGACAACUUCUUGGGAAAACAGGCCACAGCAUUUAUUAACAUCACCAAAUACUGUAUAACUCCUUAAACAUAUAACAUAAUAAAUAUCAUAAAUUAACAUAAACACUUUUUAUACAGUCAUACAGUAAUCAAGAAAACCGUCCUUGCCAAUCUAACUUCCCCAAGGCCCUCACCUCCCCCCCUCGGCAUAAUAAAACCUCUUCCUUUUCAGGGCUCCCCACCAGCCGGUUUUCCGCUCGGUGGGGUCCAACCAUAAUGCUCCCCACCGGUCGACUUACAACCCAGUGGGGACACACCCAACCUGGUACCUCCUCCAGGUUCACCAUAAGAGACAGGGGGAGGAUGAGACCCAGCCAUUAUCCCCCUUUUCAUCUAAUCUACCAUCCCUUAUUUGGCAAGGACAUGCCCCGCCUCGCUGUGACAACCACCUGGGCGCAAAGCAGCAAAGGGAGGGUGGGCGGGAAACUUGUUGCUGGCCCAACUCCUAAGUGGCACUGAGGUCAGUCUGCUUUGUCACCACCCGCUUCCUCACAUCUCACACUCCCACACGUAGCACAUAGCCAAUCAUGCACCAUGCAUCCCACACUUAUACAUGUAGAAUAUAGCCAAUCAUGCCUCAUCCAUCCCACACUCAUACAUGUGCCCCUGUCCGCUAAGCUGCGCACUCUCCCUGGGGCCUGAUCCCUUUAUAUGAAGCUAAAGUGCUGUAAAUUACAAAAUAGCUAAUCUGCCACUAUCCUGCAUAGACAAACACUAAGUUCCCUAAGAACAUGUUAUUUUGUAGCAAAAUGUGGAUCACUAUCUGGCUUUAAUAGGAAAUGUAAUAUGAAAUGAAGUGAUUCCACCUGUUUCUUACAGGUAGAUAUAUCCCAUGACACUUACCUGUUUUAAGGAAGAUCACAUUUUCUCUACCCUUGCUGAUGAAGCUCUCAAUGAAAGCUUAGCUGGAAACUGACACAUGCUGACAAGCCAGAUAUUCUUCAAAGUGAUCCCACCACGCUAUCCAAUUGGGUGUGUAGCAAAGUUUUGCUCCCCAGAACUAAAAAAACAUCCUCUUGACAGUCAUUAAUAGACAACUGCUUUGGGAAGCAGCUGUGCGUAAUGUAAAAUUAAAAAUAAAAGAUCGCUGAUAUACUUUUGCCCCCUCCCCACCCCAGCAAUGCCUAUGAUUACAGAGGUGCUUAAAUAGACUGGGUGCUCUGUAUGCGAUGAGGACAUAAAUGAUUUGAUAUAAUGUCAUACUUGAUAGCAGCAAUCAAGCAUUUUAGACGUGGAAGAAUGAGCCUUUAAUAUAUGGAAAGGAAUGCCUGCAAAUGCACAGGCCACCAUUGAGUUUGGGAAGGGUAAUUAAAGGGUCAGUAAGAAUCUUUGACGUAAUACAUAUAGGAGAUGUGCUAGAGUGUUAGGGUGAUCGUCACAUUCUAUUUUAAAUGGAAUGUCGCAGUCGUUAAAUGGUAUCAGGUCUGUAUAGAGUUAUGCAAGCAGAACAUUCUAUAUUGGCAUAUGGUCUUUAGGGACCAGGCAGUGAUGACACAUUUAAACAUAAUUUCUCCUUAAAGAGUUUACUAUCUUUCCUGAAGCAGUGUGCUUUUGGAAAGGGCCCCAUAAAUGCUCUAACAUAGAAGUAUUUCUUUAAUUAGUCAGUUAUGCAAAUAUAAAUGUAUUAUAUAAAUAGGUAAAGCAUGUAGAAGGUCUACAGAUAUAGUGUUACAUAAAUAUUGUUAAUAAAUGCUAUUCUCCAUUUAAACACCAUCCAUCACAACCACAAAUGUGUUUGGUUUAUCGGAAAGACAUGUUUAUUUGCAUAUAGGCCUUGACUUUGAGAAACUGAAAUUAAACGCUAGUAAAAUAAUCGGUGAUUGUUUUAGGAAAGUGUUGAUUAUACGUUGGAAUAUUUUGGUCCUAACGCAGCCUCACAAGUUAUAAAAUGUGCAGGAUGGACAAAAACAUCGGUUUCAUCCGAGAUAUUUAAUAGAUUUUCACAUGCAGUGUGUUACCGGUAAAUUCACGUUUUCAUUCUUUGGAGUGGUAUUAUUCUUAGUGCAUUAGGUGAAACUUUGUUUAACCUGUUAAAAGCCAGUGUCAUAACCCUCCUUCUAGCUCUAAAUGCCCUGUUGACUUAGUUCUGAAACUCUAGAUUUUGGGAGGCAUGCAAUCAGGGAGGGAGAUUUACCAGCCCGUAAUACGCAUCACUAACAGGCAGUUGUAUUCAUUGUAACUUAAGGAGAUAUUACUGUUAGUUUAUUGUUGUGAAUACUGUUUAUGCUCCCGCAAAGAGAGGGUAUUUGUAAUAAUGAGGGACAGACUGAUUUAGACCCAAAAUAAGGAAUAUCAUUCUUAAAAAGGGACAAUUGGCUGAUAUGUUUUGGGGACUUCAUCCUGUCCCCAUAAAAGCAAUUCUGUAUUGCAGUACAGGUAUCCGGAAUCGGGACCACCCUUCCUGAUCUAGGACGUCUAAAAUCUGCAGGUUUAGUGACAUGCAUACCUCCCAAACACUUUCAGGGUUAUUAUUAUUAUUAUGACGAUAUUUAUAGAUCGCCGUCAAAUUCCGCAGCGCUUUACAAUGGGUGGACGAACAGACAUGUAGUUGUAACCAGACAAGUUGGACACACAGGAACAGAGGGGUUGGGUUACUCACUAAACUUAUAAAUGUUUUGCAAAUUAAAUCUGAAGGGCAAAACUGAGGCAAAAAAUGCCAUGUUAUCACAAUUGCUGAGUUUUUGUGAGUUUUAUGGCAGUAUAGUGUCUUCAAUGUCACUCAAAGUAUGUCAGUGACUCCUCUUUCCUUAUGAUGAGCUUCUCUGCCCGAGCAUUUGUCGUCUUGGGCAGCAUUUCACUGACAAAUCUGCCUCCCAACGUCACUGUUGACUAUGAGUACAUACACACACGUACAGCUAUAGAAACAUGCAGUACUGAUUACAGAAACACUGCAUUUCAAACGGAAAGGAUACUUGCAGGUUGCAAACAUAUUACUUUAAAUUAAGCAUGUCAAACUCAAAGUCUAGCACAGGCCAAAUAAACAAGGUUUACGUUUAUGUGGGCCGCAAAAACACCAACAAAUUUUCAUAGAAACAUUUUUUUUAAAAAGCACAGUAUAAAAAAAAAAAAAAAAAACAAGCAUCCCCCUCUUCUAAAUCCCAGCCCCCCCAUAUACUAAAUCCCAGUUCCCCCCUCUAGCCAACAAGCAGACUCCACUCACAUUGCCGCUGCCAGUAGGUGACCUUGGAGUCCAGCCUCUGGUAUACCCCAAAUGGCGCCGUCCGCACCCUGUGCCAAAGCGGAUCCUCCUGCUAGUUCGUGAAACUCUGUAAAGGUGGAGCAUGUCGACAUCACGUCAGAAUGUGGCCUUCAUGCACCUCCAGGUACUCUACUGUCCAGCCACGGCCAUCACAACACUGACACACACACACACAAACACUGACAGACACAGACAGACAGAAACACACAGACAGACACACUGACAUACACUCUCAGUCACACACAUUUACACAUUCUUGCACACACUCACAACAUUCUCUGGGGUCCAGUGGGGAUCUUCUGUCUAGAGAUCUCCUUCUUGCUCCUUAUUGCUCCCUCGUGUGCAGUUUAGUGAAGCCGGGUGCCGGAAUAUGAUCUCAUAUUCCGGCACCCGGCAUCACUACAGAAGGCGUGUGCAAGGGAGCAGUGAGGAGGAGGAAGACUGAGCUCCUCCAGCGACCACUCCGAGUCCCAGCCGGGUAAAUUUUAGUAGAGUAUGCCCCUGCAAUGUGGAGAAAACAGGUGCCUACUCUGCUUUAUCACCAAGCAUGUACUUGCGGCUUGCCGGGCCACAAAGAUGCUCAUUGUGGGCCGCGGGUUAAAUAUGCUUGCUUUAAAUGCUUGAAAGGAUGACAUCAAUCGAACUGCCUUAGGACUGAGUAACUCAUUAGAAUCCUGGUCAGACCUCAUCACUAGUAAUUGUUCCUGGGCUAGACAUCUAACCAUAUAUUCUUGCCUACCUCAAAUCCACAUUGAUUGUAAGCUUUUUUUGAGUAUGGCCAUGUUCACAAAAAUAUCCCUUUUCUUUCAUUGUAAAGCGUGGCGGGAUAUGUUGGCGCUAUAAAAAUGCUAAUAACAUUUUUAUACUUUAAGAACAUACAUGUUUAGAUAUUUAAGAAAGCAGUUGUGGUCAAAGACCACCCAAUGUUGACUGACUCCUAUAAACCUAAGAAAAAAGAAAAGAAAAUGUAACUUAACUUUGUAAACCAACAGCUUCCCAAGGUAACCCUUCCAGAUGGACAACUGACAAAUAGAUAUAUAAAGUAUAGCAAAAUGCGAUACAGCUGUUAACCUAAAAUGAUAAUAGAAAACAAAAUAACAUAAUGUAGUAUUUCUUUAUAAAAUGUGUAUGACGCGGAGAUAAUGCACUCACAGAAUGAAGAGAUAAUAAUCGCCUGUAGGGUGCCUCCCCCUGGUAUCGUUGAGGGUCUAUAUGGGAUCCUCCUCUCCUUCCCCUUGCGGGUAUCCCGGAGUCUGACGAAGCAGGUGAAUAUAAAAACGUAAUUUGUUGCCAAACAAAUAAAAGGUUUAAAACAUAAACUCAGUCCUACAAUUAGAACUUCCUCAGGGACUUAGUAAAGAUAAAAUUACAAAAUGCAGUAUAACAAAUGAUAACCGCCGAUAACAAGUUCUAAUUGUAGAACGGAAUGCGUAGGACUGAGUUUAUGUUUUAAACCUUUUAUUUGUUUGGCAAUAAAUUAUGUUUUUAUACUCACCUGUUUUGUCUGACUCCAGGAUAUCCACAAGGGGAAGGAGAGGAUGAUCCUAUAUAGCCCCCCAACGAUAACGGGGGAGGCAACCUAUAGGCGAUUAUCUCUACAUUCAGUGAGUGCAUUAUCUCAACGUGUCAUAGACAUUUUAUAAAAAAUACUAUACUAUGUUAUCCUAUAAACCUAAGCCAGAUAAAAGGCAUAACAAGUUGCUGGCAAAGGUUUGUGGGAGUUGAAGUUUGCCAACAGCUUGAGGUCUGGUAUCUCUGUAUCUACCUGCACUAGAUCAUAAAAAAUACCUACUGUAUAUAUUAUUGUUGGAAAGUAUAGGCCAUUCUUAAUAUAGUUUUGGAAUCCUAUUUACACCUCAGGUACAUAACGAAAAUGGCUGCCUCAUCUAUUCCCACCUUAGUAGUAUGUUACAACAUUGCAAACAAGCGACUAUAUAUAUUAAAUCCCUUCUGAAAAAAUCAUUUGCCUUUUAAUAUCAAUAAUGAUAUCUCUGUGAAUAAAAAUGUAAUUUGUCAUGAACUAUUGUAUAUUUACCACAUGAACGCCAACAAAAAUUGUCUCAGUGCGAAUUGUUGCCAUACACACUUGCUGGGUUUUUAUUGUGCUUUCAAUUUCAGAAGAAGUGGCUUUGGGACAUGAGAAAACCCUAUUUGAUAGAAUGAAGUCUGUGUUACUGUAAUAAAUUCAGUGAUUUCUUGUAAAUGCAGUUAGUCACCAACCAUAUAAGCUCUGUCACCACCUCUGGGAUGUGUCAGUGUGUAGGCUGGUUAGCGAUGGUUGCAGGUGGCGGUGGUGGUGGGGGGUUACCUUCUUUGACAUACAAAGCAUGGGUUGUAAUUUUAGCUAACAAUUUACUUUUAUUUUUAGACCAAACACCUAAUAAUUGUUUUGUUUUUGGUCAGGUGUUACCAUUUUUUUUUUUUAUUAUUAUAGUUGAGGCCCAUAGGUAAGCUAUACGUGCUUUCAAAUAACAUAAUUCUUAGUACGUUACAAUAUGACAGCAACUCUCUUCAGCUAAAUAUAAUGUUCAUGCUCCUUAGAAAUGUAUUCCCUGCUGGCUGAGGAUCUUGGGAGCUGUAGUUCACUAGAAAAAAAAUGUAGUGACUAAAUAGAGGUUUUGUGUUUGUAAAUAUAUAUACGGUAUAUAUUUUUUUAAAUAAUUAACUAAAAGUAUACAUGAAAUUUGUGUGAAUUGAAAGCUCAAUUUCAAUAAACAAAUGUAUCAUAUAGACUUCUCAUCAUUAGACGGAAUUAGCAUUACAGAGCAGCAAAUUCGGUGAAAGCCUUUCAGGGCCAUAUAAGGCAGUUAGGAUGUAAUAGGCUGUAUUUAACCUGCAAAGUGAUCAAAACUAUCUACAACUCGCCUGUAACUGUCUCUGAAUAACCCUGGUAUUAAAUCGGAAAUGGAUUCCUGACCAAUUUCCUGAUAAAUACAUGUGUCCUAUUCCAUGGCUGGUGUAUGGAAGCAAAAUGUCUCUUCAUUAGCACAUUAUUGGGCACAUGUGGUUGUAAAAAUGUUGUUUAUUUCUAAAUAGAAGUUCUAUUUCUGUACUAAACAAUUACGGGGUGUAAUUAAACACUGCUCCCAGUAUGGCUCCAAUACAAUGAGUGUAAUUCUGAAAUUCCUGCCAAUUGCUGAGUGUAUGCACAUGCUACAGAGGUACAUUAAUGCAAUAUCAACAUGCCAUUUCAAUGCCCAGGUGUACAUGAAUGUGUGAUUCAGAAUGAUAAUAGAGAUUCUGGGUUCUUAGAGGGAUUAUAAAUGUUUUACAUUUUAGGGUCAGAGAAAUCCACAGAUAUUGCAGUUGUUAUAAGUGUAAACAAUAUUGAUUAAUUAAAGAAAUUGAGUUGUUACAGUACUUCAUUGUCGGCUAAAACCGGAUAGAAGCCACGUAAUUUAAAGGAAAAUGUCUGCACACAGCUGUUUGUAGCUGCAGUUAUUUGCAAAAAUGACUGCCACUAUAAGACCUCCCCUUAGCACAGAGGCUGCACAGGAGGAAGUGUUUGCUUCCGUCUGCCAUUCCAAAGAAUUGUACGCCAUGUUCCUUCCCAGUGGUUGCCCGCUAUACAAAAGCUCAUGUCAGACUGUGAAAGUAGAACCAGUACUAUUGUGAACAUCUGUAGGACUAAAUAAAAAAAUCAAAGACUUACACUGAGGGAAAAAAGUAUUUGAUCCCCUGCUGUAUUUGACCGUUUGCAAAUCCAGAAAAACGCAUGUCAAAAAAGUUAUAAAUUGAUUUGCAUGUCAAUGAGUGAAAUAAGUAUUUGACCCCUUUGAUUUAGUACUUGGUGGCAAAACCCUUGUUGGCAGUCACAGAGGUCAGACGUUUCUUGCAGGUGGCCACCAGGUUUGUACACAUCUCAGGAGGGAUUUUGUCCCACUCCUCUUUGCAGAUCAUCUCCAAGUCAUUAAGGUUUCGAAGCUGACGUUUGGCAAAUCGAAACUUCAGCUCCCUCCACAGAUUUUCUAUGGGAUUAAGGUCUAGAGAUUGGCUAGGCCACUCAAGGACCUUAAUGUGCUUCUUCUUGAGCCAUUCCUUUGUUUCCUUGGCUCACUGACACGUGGGCAGGUCAAUGGAAAUUAUCUUACGCAGUGGCAAGCACAUCCACUUAUGUGCCCAUGCAUGUUCUAAUUUAGAAUGAUUAACCCCUGGUGGAGUGACACAAAUCUGAAAUAGGGACUCUCCUGGAAAAUCAGAGACACUUGGCGGGCUAUGGUGUUGCAGUGUGCUGGUUAAACAGCGAAUUAAGACACUGUAGUCUCUGGGCACCAUGCACACAAGUUGAUAAUGUAUUUGUAACCGCGCUGCUGACUAUGUUUGUGCUAUAUAAAGAUAAUAAGUACAUUGCAAAAAUCUAAUUUAACCUUCUUAAUGAUGUAAUAUGCUGAACUAGGAUAGACUAUUGUUGGUACGUCUGCAGAUUUUAACUUCCAUAAUUUUAAGCCAGCCAUUAGACAGCUGGAGAGCUAUGUGUUUCUUAUCUUUUACAUGACUUAUCCUGUGCCGUUAGUCAUAUGUUCUGUAGCUGCUCUUUGGCAGUGCUUUUGGUUGAACAAAUUAGCCUGAAGUGUUGUGCCCUUGACUGGUAAAUCCUUUUAACCCGGUCGAGUGGAGCGCAUGAAUACCUAGAUUGUUCCUCUGUCUGUUAUUCUCUUGUGUUUAUCUGACGGAGCUGUCAGUCAGACCAUUAUAGCUGCAGUGCAAACUGAACUCACUUGUCCACUCACAAAAGCAGAGUCUGUCGAUGAUAAGCUAAACAAAAUCACUGAGAUGUCACUGCCAGGGAACUGAGCAAUGAACCUUAGUAUGUUGGGUGUGAACUCUGUGCGCUGCCCUUACAAGGGCUGGCUGCGGGCUAAUUUAAUGUUACAGGCCUCGGGCGGGGAAUUUUUAUAUAUUUCUGCUUUUAUUACAUCUACUACCUCUUCAUCUGAAAUAAUCUAGCUUGCACAAGAAAUUUGCAAACGAAAAAUAAAAAAUAGUUAGUUUUAUGCUGGUUAUGAUAAACCGCCAACCAUGCAGCGUUAAUAAGCAAAUUACUCAAUUUAAGCCCCCCCCAAAAAAAAGAUUUGUGAAAGGUUCUUCCCACUUACUUUUGAUAUAAAGUUCACAAAUUGAUUGUCAACCCCCAUAAAUAAUUGCUUGUGCUCGCGAUUCUACUGUUUUAAUGUGAAAAACAUCAGUGUAAUAAUGGUAGAUAUUGUUACAAAUUAAUAGAGAACACUAGAGUUGCUGUGGAUUGUAGUUCUCAUCAUUCCCAGCCAGGAAAUCCGAGUUGCUACAGCCUAAGGGUACGUGAGUAAAGGUGUAUGUCUUGAAGGAAAACAGACAAUUUUUUUUAUUUUUAUUUUUUAAAGAAGAGAUUACAUAUAUCUUCUGUGUGUAUUAUUAUAAUGCAGACAUAUACAUUGAUACGUCUUUUCAUUGCAUUUCCUGGAAUAUUCUUGCUCUUAAAGCUUCAACCAUCUUUAAGUUUCGGAAUUGGAGAAAAACUAAGGUGUCCAAUUGUGCAGCGCUACGGAAUUUGCUGGCGCUAUAUAGAUAAUAAUAAUAAUAAUAGUGUCAGGAAUACAAGCAUGUAUUCCUAACUCUAUAGUGUUUAACUAUUUAGGUCCUCGGGCCCCACUCAUAUUGCAGUAAAAAGAGCAUCUGGCCCUGCCUCCAUGGCCAAGAUCAUCAAUCUCAUAGAGAUGCAUUGAAUCAAUACAGGGAACAUUCAGCCUCCAUGCAGAGCGUGCAACACUGACCCAGGAAGCACCUCUAGUGGCCAUCUCUGUAAUUGCCACUAGAAGUGUUACUAGGCAGCAAUGUAAUUCUCUGAAAAGGUUAUAGACACCAGAACCACUACAUUAAGCUGUAGUGGUACUGGUGACUAGUGUCCCUUUAAGAGCUAGUGUGCCUUCAUGAAUACUGACCUCAUGAGCAAGCUUAGAGCGUAACAAAAAUGCACAAAUUGUGCAUGAUUAUUAUUUCAAAAUAACUGGAGCUUCAGACCAAUAAAGACUAAAGAUAGCUGGUCCGGUGAGCAAGGUAGACCAAGAGAUGCACUAAAAAGAUUUAUCCCCUCACAUAUAUUUAUUUAAAAAUAUAGCUUCAGUUGGUAUUAUGACAUGCAAUCUUUCAUUAUUUUGUAAUUACUGAAAUUAACAGUUUGACUUUUAUCUGUGCCAUUGGAUACAGCACUGUAAGUUACAGUGUAAAAAGUUUCCCUUAGCAAUGCAGUAAGAUUAGAACUGCCCCAGUCCGAUAUUUGACAUUUUAAAAGCUUUCAAAGUCUGUUCUAGGUUAUAAUCAGGUUAUUAGCAAUGAGCAAUUCUAAAGCAGCACCAUUUCAUCUAAUUCUCGUUAUAACAGGUCUGUGGAUUUAAUGCAUUUGGGAUGACAUUAAAAAAACUAACAGUGAUAGGAGUUGUACUCCAGUCGCAUCUAGAAGACCUCAACGGCCCGCCCCAGUUUAGAGGAAUACAAUUUCUUUCUUUUUUUUGUUGACAUAUAAACAGUUAAUCCCUUUGCUACCAGAGAUUGUGACAAAGGAUUAGGAGCCACCAAUUUGAAACCGAUAGCCGGGAGCAUACCGUGAUAGCGAGCAGCAUUUUAUCAAACGCUUGUUAGCUGUUAUAUUAAAGCCCCUAAUAUACUAAUGCACUCAUCUGGCAGAUAGCGUGUAAAAAGUCCAGCCUCGUCGAGCCCUGCAUUUACUCAAAGUCAGUAUGAGAUGCAGGUUGUAACUUUUUCUGUGAUAUAAUUUGCAAAUGGCCCAUUUAUCAUUAUGAACAUUGAGGAAACAGGGAGAAGGAUUAGUGUCUAAUUAUUAUUAUUUUUUUUCGUCUUAGUCUUUUUUCCUAAAUUUGUGAUUAAGAAGUGUACUUGCUCUUGCUGGUAUAGUAAUAAUUUUUUAAUUACUACUAAAUCACUACCAAGAGAAGAUUUUAUUGGGUGGGGAGAGAUUAAGGUUAAUUAUAAUUAUAGGGUUCAAGGAACACUCCAAGUACCAUAACCACUACACCUCCACCCCCUUAUGAGUGGCGGAAGUUCCUGCUUUAGAAAUUCUGUUAGAUAAUGAGCUGACCCCUCAGGAGAGCAGAAAGCAUCAGCCGGUUGCUCUCAGCCAAUGAGAGCAGUCCAAAUGACCUGAGUGAAGAGAGAUUCCGUCCCUCACUGAGCAGAGCAGAGAUCGAUCGCUUCCAGCGGAACCCAGGUAAGAAGUCAAAAUGAUUAGACUAACAACGAGGGGUGCAAACACACUCCUGAUACCAUAACCACUACAACAUGCUAUAGUGAUUAUGGUACUUAAAGUGUUCCUUUAGACACUGAAAAAAGGUAAGAGUAGAACCUUUAUUUAAUAUUUUUAUGACAAUGGUAUUCAUGUGCCUCCCCUCCUGUUUAAGGACAGGGGCACUAAAGCAGUAGAAAUACAGGUUUAUAAUUCCUAAUGCUAUAGUGUUCCUUUAAUAUACAUUCUGAAGUCAUUUAACUUAGGCCCAGGAAAACGUUCAAUCUAGCUUCUUUCUGGGGUCAGGUCAGGGCCAUCAGAAAAUGACAAGUUUAAAAGUGGAAAUCUCUCUCAAGAGGCAGCAAUUGCCCAGUGCACCUGCCUUGCAAAGACUUAGAAACAUAGAAUGUGACGGCAGAUAAGAACCAUUCAGCCCAUCUAGUCUGCCCAAUUUUCUAAAUACUUUCAUUAGUCCCUAGUCUUAUCUUAUAGUUAGGAUAGCCUUAUGCCUAUCCCACGCAUGCUUAAACUCCUUUACUGUGUUAACCUCUACCACUUCAGCUGUAAGGCUAUUCCAUGCAUCCACUACCCUCUCAGUAAAGUAAUAGCUAUACAUGUUAAGAUCCUUUAACCUUUCCUGGUAAGUUUUAUCCCGCAAUCCAUGAACCAGUUUAGUAGCCCUUCUCUGUACUCUCUCUACAGUAUCAAUAUCCUUCUGGAGAUACGGUCUGCGUACAAUACUCCAAGUGAGGUCUCACCAGUGUUCUGUACAGUGGCAUGAGCACUUCCCUCUUUCUACUGCUAAUACCUCUCUCUAUACAACCAAGUAUUCCGCUAGCAUUUCCUGCUGCUCUAUUACAUUGUCUGCCUACCUUUAAGUCAUCUGAAAUAGUUACCCCUAAAUUCCUUUCCUCAGAUGUUGAGGUUAGGACUCUAUCAAAUAUUCUGUACUCUGCCCUUGGGUUUUUUACAUCCAAGAUGCAUUAUCUUGCACUUAUCCACAUUAAAUGUCAGUUGCCACAACUCUGACCAAUUUUCUAGUUUACCUAAAUCCUUUGCCUCCUGGAACAUCAACCCUGUUACAUAUCUUAGUAUCAUCAGCAAAAAGACAUACCUUACCAUCAAGACCUUCUGCAUUAUCACUAAUAAAAAUAUUAAAGAAAAUGGGUCCAAGUACAGAUCCCUAAAGUACCCCACUAGUUGCAAGCCCAUGCUCUGAAUAUACUCCAUUGACUGCAACCCUCUGUUGCCUGUCACUUAGCCACUGCCUAACCCAUUCAACAAUUUUGGAAUCCAAACUUAAAGGAUCACUAUAGUGUCGGGAAAACAAAGCGGUUUUCAUGACACUAUAGUGCCCUGAGGGUGCCCCGACCCUCAGGGUCCCCCUCCCGUGGUGCUGAAGGGGUUUAAACCCCUUCAGUUACUUACUUUAAUCCAGCGCCAGGCUCCCUCAGCACUGGUGACCUCUCCUCCCCCGCCGACGCCAGUGGAGCCGAAUGCGCAUGCGCAGCAAGUGCCGCGUGUGCAUUUAAAGUGUCCAUAGGAAAGCAUUUCUCAAUGCUUUCCUAUGGCCGCUCUGCGCGAUGGAUGCGAAAUUCGCAUCCAGCGUCGCAGAUGCGCCUCUAGUGGCUGUCCGGAAGACGGUCACUAGAGGCUGGAUUAACCCCAAAUGUAAACAUAUGCAUGCAUCUGAAGGGUUAAAACCUGAGGGACCUGGCACCCAGACCACUUCAUUGAGCUGAAGUGGUCUGGGUGACUAUAGCGUCCCUUUAAAGAUUGUUUAUUGAUAAGCCUUCUAUGUGCAACAGUGUCAAAAGCCUUACUGAAAUCUAGGUAAGCAAUUCUUAUGCAGCUGCCUUGGGAAGUCUGUGAUUGGACAGCCACAGAAAGUCUGGGUGGGGUUAGAAGGGGAGGGCUUGCAAGGGCUGUAGACAAUAGAUAUGCAGUAUUUGUAAGUUGUUUUUAGAUAUACCCCCAAUGAAAAAUGUAUAUGUUAAAUUAUUAUUAUUGCCAUUUAUAUAGCGCCAAAAGAUUCCGUAGCACUUUACAAUAUUAAAUGCACGCAUGUUUUUGUUGGGAAUGUUUCUACUAAACAGUGAUGUUUAUUUUGUUUGUGUUUGGGUAGAAGAGUUUUUCUUUAACCCUAUUGACUCCUGAAGAAGAAGACUCGGCCCAACAGCUGAAUUCAGGAAACUAUCAAAACUCAUUGCUUAGUCGUUCCUAGGUUCCAGGGUUGUGGUGGACAUUACAUUAAGACCUUUUAUCCAGUUAACGAUGCAGCCAAUGCUGGUUCUCUUCCGACCUCGACUUCUAUGCUAGAACUUGACUAUAUUCACGCAUUAACCUAGAAAGCUCGGCCUUCCAGCAUCAUACGGUAAUUUAUUUGAGCAUUUAAGAACGAGCAACUAUUAAAGUACAGAUAUACUUGGAACACUUCCAAUAAGAUGUAACAUUUUAACGAGCCACUUAAGAGAAAAGAAAACUCUCGAGAAAUAUAUCCUGAAUUAAAAUAAUGCACAUAUCUUGACAAACAGACAUCAUUUGUUCAGCUGCUGCCCAAUGCUCGUGAAGGAAAACAGCACUCAUUCCCUCCUAGUGUGAAAGUAAUGGGUUUUGUCUUGAGAAAGAUAACAAUCCUCUGAAGCAUUCGACCCUUCCAAUUGAGAGACUUGCACAGCUGCACUUGAACACAAAGCCCAUGUCAGCUUAACAUUUCAACACUCUGCUUAAUAGGUUUCCUCUUAGCCUAAGAGGGGGACAAGCCCUCUAGAGUACAAAGAUUACUUUGUGUAGUUUCUAACAUUAUCCAUAGAAUGGCAUGUUCUACACAAGUAGGAGCUCCCGGCAUACAUUCCCCGAUACAUAUUCUUUGCUUACAAUCAUUUUUACACCCGCAGAAUACGGUGGAAUAUUACCCAGUGCGGUAAUAAUAGUAGGACGUCAACCUGCCAGUACAAUCCAUGAACAAUUUGUAUAGCGAAUUGUAAAUUGUAGGCCAAAAUAGCCGAUUUAAAAUAAAUAUUCUGCAGCUUAGCUGUAGUUACUACAGUGAGUAUUGUUGAGAAUUCAAAGUGCAUUCCAAAACUAACGGCAACAGAGCGGAGUUGGAAGCAGGCACUGCUGACCUGGAGAAUUGUUUCAGUUUGUUUAUUAUGGCCUGAAAUUUGAAGUCCGUUGAAUUCGGACAAUUCGUACUUUAGUGAAUAAUCCUGUCAGUGACGACAUCCCAAAUGCAUUUUAACGGUAUAGAGGGGUUUGUUAUCGUAUGGAUUUUGCAAGGUACUUGUGACGUUGCUGUUUGUUGAAAAUUUGUCCUCGUCAAUAUGAAGGCCUAGCGUGUCAUUUUGUUAUAUGAGGCUCAAUUAAAGCAGUAAGCCAUUUCCGAAGCUUUUGGCUCAAAUGCCCCAAAAAUACGCUGCUGACCAGUGUUCCACCAUGUAACUGUAAAAUCUAUGAUAAGUGGGGGAGCAUUCGCUAAACUGUUAAUUGUAAAUAAUUGGGAAAGGGAUUGCAUGUUGUAUUCUUAAACAGCUACAUAAAAACUGUGUGGGUGUCGAAAAUGUACUUGCCCUUGCCAAUUCUUGAAAUAAACCCCCAAAUAUUACUGUAUGGCAAAAUGGAAACAUAGGCACCCAGCCGUUUCCCAGCUGGGUAUCUGAAGGCUUCGAAAUAUGGUGUAGCAUGGAUUCAAACCCACAUUUUGUGCUACGUUUUUGUAAAGUGAUGAAUUCACCACCAGACCCGUCACUGAUAUCUCUGUUGCUGUGCGUAUCUCGAUUUGUGAUAGGGGUCCUGGAAGAUAUACAAAGUUAUUAACUAAAGUGGCAACUGUCAGGUUCAAAGUUAAUUCCGCAUUUUCGGCCAGGAUGGCUCUUUUGGCCUUAAAUUUAAAUUUCACUUUGAAUUCCAGACAAUUCCCACUGCGGUAUAUUAUAACCCUGAUAGUGUAUUGCAUCUGGCGUCAUGCCUAUAACACAUUUAGAACAUACUGUCCAGCGCAGGAUCAGUGUCUUGUGUCAUGAUAAAACUUUACUAGCUGAAUCAUGUACCUGGAUCCUGGAAAAUAAUGUAGAUGCCAGGAAAUAUCUGUGGUCUAAAUUGAGUUCAGUAUUACUCAAUGGAAGUUUUUCUGAGCAAGAUGAUGGAUCCAAGGGCUUAUUAUGCCUUUGUAGGUGAGGAGGGCACUUUGACCUCUAGUAACCCCUUUGCUGUUUGGAGGGCACAGUUAUUUGCAAACAAUGUAAAGGAAACUAACAGCAUGCACACAGGUUCACAUUAAACUGAGGUUUGAAACCAAAAGAAGAGGCUGGCCAAGUGGUGGUUGCCUUCCAUCAGAUAUGGAUGUCCUUACAGUAAGUAUUGUUUUAUCAGCUCUGUUUGGAAAGUAGUGUCCAUGGGGGAAAUGCGACCGUGUCAUGGUUUCAGAACUGGAAGCUAGAGUUGUGUAUUAAUUACAACCACAGAUCUCUGGGAAUCUAAACCAGCUUUUUGGUCAUUUUUUUUUUCUGUUCCUGUGUUGCGUUAACGCAGGGUUGUACUGAGGAGGGCUUGUUUGUGUUUGUUUUCAUGUGAAUUCCAUGGCAAUAAAAAGAUCUGACCACAAGCAGCCAUCAGAUAAGAAGUUAAUAAAUAAAAGAGACAAGUCUCAGAAUGACCCCUUGUAGUUCGGAGGGGAUUUCUCCCCCCAACCAUGCAUUAGAAGUGAUGGGCUAACAAGGUUGGUCCUGGGGAUCCCACUUACCACACUCAUUGUAAACUCUCUUCUUCUACCAAAUAGUUGGUGGAUGGAGGAGAGAAUUAAAUAAAUACACAAUUUACAUAUAUAAUAGACAAUAUGGUCUCGCACUAUAUAUAUCUCUCUAUAUACCAUUACUGGGAAUUUCCUGAUGUCAGAUAGAUGAUAUCUUGAGGUUAUUUGGGGUUAUUUAGUCUAAAUAUGUGAUCCAUCCAGAUCACUUCAGAGAUGGGAUUGAUAAGUUUACAGUAUGGUUAAUGUAUUAGAAAAUAAUAUGUUAUGCACUUACUAUCUUAUUAGACGAUGGACAGCAAUUCACUAAACAAGGAUUCCCACAACGUUGUUAAAAAAAAACCAAAUGGAUGUGAACUGCAUCUUUAAGAUGAGAUAUAAUUGUCUUAAAAGUAAUAUAUUACUGUGCAAAGCUAUAGAUGCAUAAAGUUGUAUGUAUUUGUUCGUAGAAGAAAAGUUUCUUCAACAGAUGAAAGAAAAAUAGAUAAUAGAUAGACAUUGCUGAGUGGACACACACAAUUUGAAGAGCUACAAAAAUAUGUUUUUCUGUAAUGAGCACGGACGGUAAAAUCCCAGUCUAUGGAUAUGAGGUAUAGACAAUCAGGGUUGGUACUGUUAGCAUUAGAUGUUUGAAAUAUAUAUGGAGACCUAAUAGUAAAAUAUAUGCAGGAAGAUUAAUAAAAUAAAUAAUGAAAAAAGUCCUACUUGCACAAUCCAGAGCAAUGACCUGCUCUGGUGAAAUAAUCUUCACCUGGGAACUGCAGGUGAAACAAAUACAUCAAAAACAAUGUGAAAUUUACAAAUAAAAAGAAAUACCAGUCCACAUGGAUAUAACACUUCACGCAUUUCGCAGAGACUUUAGCAAAAGUGUGCGUAGUCUUGUGCAGAAUGUAUUGUAGGGUUGUCCAAAAGUUAGGUUAUUGCCCAAAUAAAACAUACAUUCACUGUUCAGUUUCCCCAAAUUAAAACAUGCAUUGAUUUAAUUGUGCAUUUUUACAUCCACUCCACUAAGCUAAACAAACCAGGAAAUAACAUGACAGGUGCACAGUCGGAUUUACCGGCAUAUGCACUAACCUUACCCUGAAGCCCAUUAAGACACGGACACAGGUUAUACUGUUGGAAAUAUUAGUCCACAGCUUUAUUAAUUAUUCAUUAAUUAAUUGAGGAAUAACAAAUAGGGUCAUUGCAAACAAAUAUUAUUAAAGCCCAAAUCCCCUCAUAUACAUAACAUACCCCUGGCAAUGACCCCACAAUAAAUAAUCUGAUUAACAUAUUAACACAGAAACUGGCCGUCCAAUAUGACCACAUUUCCACCAGAUUAAAUUGUAGGGGUAUACCAAAACACAGCUACACCCACAAGUUCAAUUGCAGGGGUGUACCAAGACACCGCUUCACCCCCAGGUUCGGAGCCAGUGGCGGGCUUGAACCUACCAACCAAGUGUAACACUUCCUAAUCCACGCUGAACCUCAGGAUGUCCACUUCCUCCUCCAUCUACCCCCCGAUUUAACCUGUCCAUUCUCCUGGGCUCCCCCACCACACCUAAACAAGGCCUGUUGAAGGCCCAGAAUAAAUAGGUCACACCCCACAUCCAAAAGAUGUACACCAUCCCACUCCACCUAUACUACUAAUAAAGACCGCCUUCAUUUUAUUGAUUUAUCCCCGACACCGAGCCACCGCGGCCGGGUCCUUUGCAUGUCGCCAGUGAAACCGAGGAACCAUCUCGGACCGCACCACCACCACACCUGAAACCAGCUCCCGUAGCUGGUCCACAUCCCUCUUCAUCCAUCUUACCAAUUCCUUUUUUGGGACCAUGCCCAGAUCAUUACCUCCAGCGUGGCUUAACAGUACAUCUGGAACGGUGACCCUUGCCACCCUCCGAAAAAUUUCACCACGAAUGCCUUGCCAACCAAAACCCCGAAAACCAAACCACUCCAGUGUCACCAACUCCAGAGGAAAGCCCAGCUGCACUCCUUGUUUCCAAACUGCAGCUAUCUUCUUCGCCCAGUAGAUGUAAGAGUGGCCCACCAACCAGGCCACCCAACAAAAAAUGAAAACAGAAUCAGGGACAAGGCAUAACACCCACACCCAUUAAACCAAGUGUUCGGGCCGUAAGUAGGACUUAAACGGUACCGACCCUCACCAGCUCUUCACCUAGACCAAGGACGCCUCCGUUGCUGCCCCUACCCGGAAAGAAUGGGUCAGGAGCCUGCCCGGUUUCAUGUGCAUAGCACUACGUGGAGUUUCGCCCGGACGUUCUGGGUUGUUUUUUGGUACAUGGGGAUGGAUCCGCUCUGUCACAGUUCCAAUUCUUUCGGGUUUUUCGGAUUGGCUUGAUGGAAAUAGUGUUACUAAACAACCUUUACAAAUACAUCCAUCUUUGUACUGCCCAACUGAAUCACCACCCUAUCGGUCCGUAAUUAGAUGUCCGUGUUGAACCCCCCCAAUACCCACCCGAGAGGUACUUGUCAGGAUUACAGUAUGAUCCAGCACGUAGAAUUGUGUAACACAGAGGACUGAUAGGUAACAUAUACUGGACCUUAGAAUGGCCGGACUAACGUACCAAAGAAUAGUCAGGAAUAGAGGUCAAGGGAUACAGAAAGAGACACAACGAUAAGGAAAAGCCAGGGGUCAGGGAUGCCAGAAAACAGGGAAGUCAAUAUCAAUGCCAAAGUCAAAUAACCAGAAAAAACAUAAUCAAUAACACGCUCUCGGACAACCACAAGGGAAACCACGACAGGGCACAGAGCAAGAGGAGAACUGGGCCUAAAUACCUUACCUGUGGAUCUGAUUGGCGUCAAAGGCCGGUUACAGCCAAAGGCAGUUACCAGGUUUCUAUUUGCAUAUUUGCUGUGGAUUGAUUGCUGCUCAGCACAAACCCUCCUGUGGAUUGAUUGCUGCUCAGCACAACUUUUCCUGUCAGGACAGUAAAUGCCAUUAAUCACAUUUUUAUGUGCAGAUGAAUAUGUGACAGUACUCACCAGUUCACCAAUCCGAAAUGCUCAGAACAAUGCCCACGAGAAGGCAACAGAGAAUAACCCCACCCCAAAAGGAGAUGAACACACCGCUGGCAGCACUCCCACGAAGCGCUGCAGGACUUUUAAAGAUAUUGGACUUCUAGUAUCCACCAAUUUCUUAACUCUCCUAAAGCCCCGUAAGGCUUGAUGAAUGUGAACAUUUUUUGUAACGUCCUCCCAACCAUUUAACUUGAACAGAUACGCCAAUGCCACCAUAUUCCUGUUGACCAGACCCCACAAGUUGCCCUUGCCAGAAAACGGCUAAAAACUCUCUCUAUGGGAAAUACCCUACACGCACAAUUCAGACUGCCUAUCAAAGACUGCAGCUCUCUCAACGUAACCUUUCUGGACCCUCUAACAUGCACUACGAUCAAUCAACUUAUACCUAGGCAGCCGACAUUCCCCUGCCACCGAAUCAAUCUCCAAGCCAAGAAAACAGACAAAUGGUUGGGCCCAACGUCUUGUCGGCUGCCAGGGGUACCCCAAACAAAUGAGCCACCCAUUCCAAAGACCGCAAGGUAUGGCCACAACAGCCCGGCCCGGCAGUGCCCACACACAAGAAGUCAUUGUGCACUAAAGAACCCCCACCCGAUUCCUCCUUCACCACCCACUCCAAAAAGGAACUAAACUUUUCGAAGUAGGAACAUGAAAUAGAGCAGCCCAUAGGCAAGCAAAGGUCCACAAAAUAAGCCCCAUCGAACAUGCAACAAAUGGUGACAAUCCGGAUGAAUCGGCAGUAAUUGAAAAGCCAACUCCACGUUAGCCUUCGCCAUCAAUGGCCCGCGUCCUGCCUUCUGAACCAACUCAACCACCUGGUCAAAUGAUGUGUAGGAGACAGAACACAGGGCCGCAUCAAUGUCGUCAUUUACCGAAGAACCUUUUGGAUAUGACAAAUGAUGUAUCAGGCGGAACUUACCCAGUUCUUAGGCACCACGCCCAAAGGUUAAAUCUGUAAGUCCGCCAACAGAGGUUGUGAGAAUGGCCCCGCCAUCCUACCCAGCUGAACUUCUUUAGCCAAUUUCUCUCGAACCACCUCCGGAUGCUCUGCGACCAACUUCCCACAAUCGACCCAAACCCUUUUGAAAACCCAUCUAACAAUAACUGUGCGUCACCCUGGUUACCGUAACGGCUUAGUCAAGUCAACAUCGCGCCAACCUUCACCAGGGUUUCCCCCCGCACUGGCCCCACCAUGAAAGGGUGCAGCUUUUUAAGCCAUCAUCAGUUUUAUCUAUAGGGGUAGGUCCACUUCCACCAUGCUAAACCCCCAUAAAUACAAUAAGCCUCCCAGAUGCCAUCCAAAUAGCAUAAAAACUGAGAACACCGCUCUGGAAAUUUCUCCCCCAAAACACUAGCCAAAAUGAUGCCCGAAGUCAAAUCCCAAAAGACUUGGGUAUCUUCCAAUACCUCAGCCUCUUUUCCACCUUCUCUUUCUUGGCAUCCUUCUUAUUUUCCUCCUUCAGAUCAAGAUACUCAUGCCAAGAAAGGCAUGAGAAGAUCUUGAGGAAUUCGCCCCGCCAAAUCUUUUCCAUCACUUCCGAUUUUAGAUGACAACCCAAAGGCCCAGCAAAUGACACAUGCACAUUCUGCCUGGCUACCUCAGGGAUCUCACCUGUCAACUACGCACGCUCGCUGACCACCGCCGAUGUCCCUGACCCAAGUGAAGUCACCGUAGUCCCGCCCUGAACACUGCCCACUGCAGCCAUCGGAACCGUAGUAGCCAACCCACUCCCGCCUGUUGGUGGACCCCACACCCGACUAAAAUGUGCCUCCUGUGUAUCCCCGACAGCCCAAGUGUUAAGAUAGGACCUCAAGCUAUCCAACAGAUUGCCGGAGUGUAGUGCAGAAGAAGACUCACUGCCAGAACCCCCUGCCGUAAAAGACCGCGGGGCGGCUGUCCUUCCAUCCACCUUGAGAGGUUCAGGAGUAGCAUUAUAGCCUCUGCAUCCAGCUGCCUGGUCCUGCCUCAGAACCAUAGGAGAAGGAGUUGCUGACCUGCAGGAAGAAGACAACCUGGGUAGUUUGCUUAUAGGAGACCCAACCCGUCCAUCCUUCCCACGUUCCCGACCACAUUCCCUUUCCUCACAACGUCUGGCUGCCUGGCCAUAUUGGGCAGACAGGGUAAGCCUACUCUUCUGAUAACUCCUCUUUUGCAAGCCCUGCACCGGCUCCUUGCCCUAUCCUCGGAAGAAGUUGAACGCCCUCUGCUGUAAUGCCUAACAAAGGGGCUCCUGUCUGCUGCGCUGACCCGCCUGGGACCGUCUAUCCUCGCUGUACCUGAUCCUAUCCUUGGAACGAUCCUGAGAAGUAGCCUGGCCUGGGACACCUGGUGACCUGCUAUCCCUCGUCCUAGAGUGGCACUCCCUGCACUCUUGGACAGCAUGACUCCUCCAAUCCGGCCUAUCCAUCUGCCUGGUUCCAUGUAGCCAUGCACACUCUCUCCCACUUGACCACACGUGGGCCGUGCUGCGCCCCCCAUGCGUCGUUUGGGCUGUGUCCCCACUAUCAGGGCUCAUAUCUUGCCUGUUAGGCCUGCCUGGCACCUUCCUGGCCAUAGCACUGCUAUGUCCUAUGCCCUGCCUGAACCAGCCGGCGCCCAUGCUGACUUUGCCUCCACCGCAGGUGACCUGGCCCCCAGGGCUCUACCAGACUCCUUCCUGUUGCCUGGAUCACCCACGACCUGUUCCCCUCCGUGCCCCAGGGCAUCCACAUCCUGCCCUCCGCUCCUGCUGCCAAGUGAUGAUAAUGUAAAUAAUAAAAAAAAUAAAAAAUUUUGAAUUCCAUUUCAUCAAAUCAUGUCUUUUUGUAAAGUGACACCUAAGUUCCAUAUUUAAAAAUGGCUAUUACAGGCAUAUAAAGGCCAACGUGAAUUUGUAAGAUAUAUGUUUUUAGAAUACAGACACGUUGUUUUUUUGUUUUUUUUUAGAUCUUAAGCUUGUUUGGGCUCUUCACCUACUUUUAGUGUAUGUCAAAUACCUUAUGUUAGAAUUGUUUGUCUUGUUUCACCUGUUGUACAGCGCUGUGGAACAUAUUGGUGCUAUAUAAAUUAUAAUUUGUAAAAAAUUGGCAAAGUAUUAUCAUGACACGGGGUAUUGACCAAACAGUGGCUGAACUAAUGUAGAGGGUGGGGGAGGGUUGUUGCAAGAACUUUUUAUGGGCCCCUCUAGCAAAGAGUGCUAAAAGGUAGAUCCCUAUCUGUCAUACAACUCCCACAAUGCUAAGCCAGCUGGGGAUCUACCAUUUGCCCAUUCUUGCAGGUUUGUAUUUGUGAGCAAUGUUUCUGAGUUUCAUUGUAAGCAUGUAUUUGUAUAGAGUAUGUGUGUGCUUGUAGGUGUGUAUUUGUAUGUACUUUUGGCAUUGGAAUGCACUGGUAUACUUUUGUGUGUAUGUAGUGUUGGUGUUUAAACACGGGUGUACAUUUGUGUGUAGUAUUUGUGUAUUAUUUUGGAGUUUUAAUGCAGGGGUGUGUUUGCGGUGAUGGAGUUCAUCCUUCGACCCAGACAGCACAAUGUCUUGGGCAGGCCCUGACUGGGACUGUUUUGCCGGGUCUAAGACAGUAUCGCAUCACUAAUUUUUAAAAACUAAUGUGACUAUAAGGCAAUCUUAGAGUAAGUCCGAACUCAGUUUUGCAGGUCUUUUCAUGAAUUUAUUGUUUUGUGACACCACUCACUCCCCUAUCUACCGGUAACGCGCAGCUGUAGAAACUCAGGCCGUGGGCUGUGAGAUUCCUACCGGCCGAGAAGUACUGUUUAGUUUAUGGAUCUGCAGUAACUAAAAUCUAAAAUCAACAGAGCAAGACCACAGGUAUUGGCCACAGGUGGAGAGUAUUUGCUUACAUAUCCUGCAUUGCUUGCUGCGCUGUUAUUUUUGAGAGCCCUAAAUGAAAUAAGCAGAAUCUUUCUCCCUCCCUGAAUUUCUGCUUUUUAGACCGCAUUGCUCCUAGAUGAUCCCCCCACACUCCUUCCAGCAGAGUAAAUAGAGGGAUAUUGGAUAAAAGCUUAGUGAACAUCUCUUGUAUCUUUUUACUCCCUCUCCGCAGAAAGGUCACUUCUUAUUUGUUAGCAUUACUGCAGCUUGUGUAGCACAAAACUGACGAGAUAUAAUGGUAUUUAACUUAAAUGACUUAAAGGGGAACAAACGACGGCGUCAAUUUAGCUGCUUCCAUCACGGAGACAAGGUGUUUGGCACUCGUUGUGUUUGGGUAGUGUCAGCGCCAGUGAAUCGUGCACAGCUUAACCCUUUCACUGCCAGAAUGCAGAUGCCAACAGGAGAGACUUCUGUAGUAGAGUAUUUUUUUUGGCUCAGGGAGAAUAUCACGAAUGUAAAGACAGUGCGUCUCAUUCUCCGGAGACUUGGCACUGGAUUGGCAAACAUGAUAGAAACGAAAGGAUUUGGCAGCCGUCUACACGGCUCUGUAUGCCCACGAGAUAUCAGGAGAAUGUCAUAAUGUGUACGGUAAGGUUAAUUAUACCAAGCCAGGGUGCCAACUUUAAAACAUCAUAGGUAAAUUAAGUUCCAUGUUGUUACCACAAUAUGGUUAUGUGAUAUUAUGGAUUGCCCAUGUCAUGUCACAGCUCCAUGAUUGGGAACCUUUAAUUUGGAAUAUAAUCUUUAACUAGCAGAUACUUUUGAUGAAGUUCAUGGACACUUGUCCAUAAGGAGUUAAUAAAGUUGUCCGUACGCUGUAUAUUGACUACACUGUUCUAUACGCUCACACUUGUUUUGUAACCAGUGUAAAUCGGUGUAGAUCAAUCAUUUCUAUUUGUAUAGUGCACGGUGUGAACAGAAAUGGCCUUAAUUUGCUAUGCGCAGUGCAAGUACAUCUAAUGAUGUCAAAGUGCUGUGUUUUAUGGGUAGUUGUCACUACAUGAAACCAGAGAACAAACAUGGGACUGUCCUGCCAAUCUGUUUCGGCAGUUCUGGGUUAUGUGUAUACAGUGGCCGAUCUACCACUGGUGUGGCUGCAACAAAGGCCAUCGGGUGGACCAUGCUGUUCGGGUCAUCUGACUGCAAUGUGUUCUUAGGAGCCCAGUCAGCGCUGCGGCCCUUUAAUAGCACGAUCGGGACCCUUUACUGAUAACAGCGAGGUAAAGAGGAGGGGCACCUCCAACUCCCAACAGCCUUAGCCAGCUGAUGGGUGCAGAUGGAUGGCUUCCCUGGGCCCAAAGAGGUAGGAAACAGGAGGAUGGCUAAAACAAUUUUUGCAUGUGUGUAUCUGUCAGCAUAUGCCCCUGUGUGUCAGUGUUUGUAUCAGUAUGAGUGUCAUUCGGUGUCUAUGCAUGUUAUGUGUGUACUUCUGUAGAUCUGCAUAUGUGUUAGUGCGUGUCUGUGUACCCAUAUGUAUGUCAGUGUGUGUGACUAUAUCUGAAUGCGUGUCAGUGUAUGUGUAUAUGUGAAUACAUGUCAGCAUUCGAACACCAACACUACACACAAAUAUACCCUUGCAUUCAUAUGUCAACACUACAUACACAGAAACAACUCUACAUUCAAAGUCAAACACUACACACAAGCAAACAGCUGAACAAGGAAUGGACCAGCGCUAAACCAACUAAGAAUACUAUGAUAGGAGGCAGCACCCCUGAUAAUAGGGGAAUCCCCUAUCCUCAAAGAUAACUAGAACAAGUCAAACAACAAUAUACAGGUAGCGCCAAGGAAAAUACUCCAAACACAAUAGUAUAUAAUAAGAAAAACAAUAAAAAACACACAGGAUAUAAAAAGAGCCCACAAUAAAAAAUACCAAAUGGUACGGCACAGUCUCAAAGGUGGCAAUAGAUCUUCUAGUCCUGGUAUGGGACUUUCUUGGUAGCUUUGUUUAAUAGCAACCAUGUAAACAAAUGGCAACAGUGCAUAAAAACACACAACCCUAAAUGCAAAUAAACCCACACAUUCUCCACACGAACACAUCCCUACCUACAAACACUGUUCAGUGCUAAAUACAGUCCUGCAGGGAUGGGCACGUGGUAGAUCCCAAGCUGGCAAAGCAUUAUGGGAGUUGUACAACAGAUCGGGAUCUACCUUUUGGCCAUCCUUGCAGCAAAAACAUUCUUGCACCAGGGCCCUCUCCAUUUUAGUUCUGUCACUGAAUAUACAUAAAACUAAUGUGUUUCGUAGUCUCUUGAGAAAUUAUACAUUUUGGUUAUGUGGAUCUAUAUGCAUAGAAAGUAGUUUAAAAGUUUGAUUUUCUAUAUUAGUUCCACACACAUUGUUUUGUGGUAUAACAAACACCGACACCAGCGGCUAUACAAUGCAGGUGUUGUGGACCGCCUUUCUCGUGAUGCACAGCAGUGGUGUAUCCUGGUUUUGUGCUGCCCUAGGCAGGACAAAACUCAGGCACCCCCCCCCGCGCUACCCCCACCCGCGCAACCGCCACCCAACCCUUCCCCCCUGCUCCGCCUUCUAAAUACACACACACACAUUCACUGACAGAUACGCAUUCACUAGCUAACAGAAACACUCACUCACUAACAGACACACACACUCACAGGCAAACACACACACUCACUAACAGACACAUGCACACACACACUAACAGGCAAACACACACUAACAGGCAAACACACACUAACAGACACACACUUUAACAUACACACACACACACACUAACAGACACACACACACUAACAGACACACACUAACACAAUCACUUGUGUUUUUUUUUUUUUUAUUUAACCCCCCCCAGCCUCCUUACCUUUGGGAAUGCUGGGGGGGUUCUUCCUCUCCCUGGGGUCCUGGGGUCCAAUGGCUGCAGGGCGGGCGGGCGGCUGGCCGGCGAGGGAGCUCUUCCCCUGAGCGGUCUGCUCAGCUCCCUUGCGCGCCACCAGCAGAGUGAGGCUGGGAGCCGGAAUAUGACGUCAUAUUCCGGCUCCCGGCCUCACUCUGCUGGCGGCGCACGAGGGAGCUGAGCAGACCGCUCAGGGGAAGAGCUCCCUCGUCGGCCGCCUGCCCAGCGCUACCCGCUCGGCAUGUCUGUUAGCCGCGAGGCUAACUAGGCAUUUGCCCUGGGCAUUUGGGGGGCGGCUUUUUUGCCGCCCCCUGAAAAAUGCCGCCCAAGGCAAAUGCCUUGUUUGCCUCGCGGCUAAUACGCCCCUGAUGCACAGUGAACCAUUCUAAGUAGCUCAUAAUAGCUGCAAUACCAAAUAUAUGUUGCAAGUGUUUUAGAACAUUGAUGGCCAAAAGGUAUCCAGCAAAGCCUCAUGGUAAUGCAGUUUUAUAACAGCUGGGUAAUUACCUUUUUGAAAACAUCUGCUUUACAAGCAGAGGACUUGACGGUGAAGCCUGUAUCUAUAGUCUACCGUUCAAAAGCACAAAAAACGAAAAAGAAACAAAGUAUCUGAGUUUAUAAACGUUGCAGAUACAUCAGGCUAUCAAAAUAUUUCACGCCUCUGCCUCACGAACAACAACAACAAAAAUAAAUUCUUAAACAAUAGACAUGUCUCUAACAAAUUAGUUAACACAAUUUAUUUUCAACAGAGAGUCUUUGUCACAUGACAGACUGACAUGACAUGACAUAAACAGGCUGGUAUUUUCCAGUCAUCAGGCUGUGAUUAAAGAGCUCUAUUCUAUCAGUUCUUCCAGCAUUUCAGCAGAAUGAUCUCAGCACUAAUUAGAUCUCAGACACGGCGUGUGACCCGGAACAGUGAGGAUUGAAAAAUUAAAAAGUGUCAAAAAAAAAUAAAAAUGUUAAAAAAUCAGGCAGUCUCGAGCGGAUCCGUAGCUAUAAUGUGCAAGAUGAGAAUUUGGGAAUCAACCUAAAAGUGUCAUUAAACAAGCUCAGCUCCACUGUACAGGGAUCAGAGGUUAAUUGAAAGAGCUUUUUAACUUGAAAAUAAUGUCUGGUUUUAUGUGUAAUAAAAAUACAAAAUGUAUGUUAUUUUUAAGAGACUCUUAGUUUUGUAGAGAGAACACAGCUUGCAAUUUUAAAAUUGCUUGCUCUUUCCCACAUGACCAGACCUGUACGUAUUUGUUGAAAUCAAGCUGGGGGUAAGGUCUACCCUCACUCUGUUUGUUCUGUGAGCAAUAUGCUCAUCCCCUCUUAACCAAGAGAUAUAUUUGUAAAACAGAGAAGUCUAUUGACCAAACAACAAAUCAUAGUUAAUUGAACAAACAAUUGUGAAAUUUCAGGAAAGCAGAUAAUCUAGAAUUUUUACAAAUCAUUAAUUUUGGCCUAAAUUUUAUAAUUGUCUACAAUCAAUAAAGCAGUGAUCAUAAACGUCACCCAAACAAAUGUUUUUAGGAGGAGUUUUUUUCCCUUUUAUUUAAAUUAUUAUUUUUUUACAAAUCCCGGUGAAGAUCUUUGAAAACGGAAAUGUUAUAGUGUUUAUUCAAUAACGGGUCAUCUGUAAUAAACUUUAAAAUCGAACAGCCAAAUUAGCCAGCUCUGAAACUAAAUUUCUAACCAAGUUGAAGUCAGAGCUUGAACUUUGAAUUUAGCCUGAAUUAUUACAGUUCAGGUUCACAAUCACAUCGUACUUUGCAAAUACAAAAAUAUUUCCUGGUAACGUGCUAAUUACCUUACUGGCAAAAAAAGUAGAUAUAACCACAAGCUAUUAGGUUCCUCUUAGAUGUCUUUUUUCCGUAACAGCUACAAGCUGUGUAUAGACAGUGAUUCCCAAUAACUAGAUGCUAGCACGGCAUUCAAAAGCAGAUUUUGGGAAGGGACUAAAAAACACCGUAGCUCCCACCCAGCAUUGAAAGAUUAAUACGUUUUUUGGAAUCAUUAUAAUGUAUGUGUUUGCUCUCUUCUUCUUACUCUAAACAUUUCCUCCCCGUGAUGUUGUCUGUGUAAAAUGUCCAGAUAUAUAUGGAGCGUUUUUGGCCCUGGUCCCAAUUGCACUUUGUGUGAUGUGCUUAAUUGGAGUGCUCGGGUUAAUUUUGAGCCAUAUUUUUUUAUAUUUGACGUGUCAGCCUAGAGUGUGCCUCCCCCAACCGCAUUAAGCAGUCAGGAAAUUUAAACAUGACACAGUCAAUCGUUCUGACCAAUAUAUUUAAAUAGGAGCCUUCCAUUGAUUUCUGAGAAGGCAGACACUGAUAUGUAAUAAUUUAGCUACAGAUACAGAACAGAAGGAAAAAAGGACACACAAGUCUUCGUAUCAUUCCGCAAUGCAUUUUAUCCUGACCGCUAUUAUUAUUAGUGUUUAUAUAGUGCCAAUAUUGUCUGCAGUGCUUUACAAUUAUACAUUGGGGAUAGUCAACGACAAGUUGGAUCCUUGGGUGGUAAAAAUCGUCAGAGAUUGCCUGGCUAUGGGUGUUGUGGAAAAGGAGUUGUAAAACCGCUUAAAAACUAUUUUACAAAGACUUCUAGCAUCUUACGCACUAAAAUGAUCUGUGGUUAUUUUGAUUAGAUUGUCCCUUUAUUUUAUUUCAUACUGGCAUUUAUAAAGCGCCUAUAUCUUCGGCAGCGCUGUAAAAGUAAUUCUCUGAAUUGAGGCCUAUAAUGCUUUGUCAGUGUAACCUUAUCUGGUGAUAUCUAUGGGGACUGGCAAUCAAAGCUCAAUGUUUGUGCCACUGCCUCUGGGUUUAAAGCACUAGAACAACUACCCCCCGCUUUAGUGGUUUUGGUAGCCAGCCACAGUAAGGAGUCAAAUUGAUUAAGAAUGUUUUGACAACGUCCUUCUGUCUGACAGGCGCCCAUCAUCACCUCGCCUGAAAGAAGAGUCCAUUAGCUCCACUGAGGUAAACCCUUCUCGGCCUGCGAGCCCGCCCUAAAAAAGCAGAGCCAUUGAACGCCUGCCUGUACCUGCAAGCUUACCUCAGCAGCACAUUCUUAAACAGUGACUACUUCCUGUGGAAUGACAUCAGGCCACUCCUGGCUCUAUAAACACCACUGUAGUGGUUAUGGUGCUUGGAGUGUUCCUUCAAUGGUGUAAGUCUGAAGAUAGUAAAUGUUGUCUCUUUGUAUAAGUUCUAAAUGACUGGAACACCGUUGAAUGAAACACUGAGCAUUGCCUACAACAUGCGCCAACCUGUUUUUUCAUGCCAUGCUCAGUUUUCUUUUCAAUUUAUAUUAAAGAUUUAGCAAAUUACAUCAUAAUCCAGUUUAGACAAGGCAAAGCCAAAGCAAACAUUGCAUAUGAGGAGAACAAACAGAAACAUUGUUUAAUUUCUCCUUUACUCUGUAUGUUUUCACUAAGCUGACUGCCGGGUGCAAAGGACAGAGCGUAUAAUAAUGAUUGUCAGGGAGCUAAGAUGGAGGGAGCCCAGUUGCAGGUUUAGAAAGGUGUCAAUUUCUAGAUUUAAUAAUUUUUUUCUCAUAUCAAAAAUGCGUAUUUAAUAAAUAUAUAAGAUAAGUAAACAUAAUGUUAAAAAUGAUGGGAAUUGGCAGUUCCCCUAUAAGAGCUGGAUGCCAUCUAAUUUGAAGCAAUUAAUUUUAGCUUAUUAAUGCUCUAUGUGGCACGACAAGAAUGCAAAGACAAAUUGAUUUACACUAUGUGACAAGAUGACAAUUGCUGCCUAGUCGCUAGACUUUUCCUUAUAACAGUGAGCAGCCACUGGUUACUCGCUUUUUAGUAAACAUGUCCCUAGUCGAAGCAUGACAGAUAUUUCGUUAGUUUUGUCUUUCAGGUUAUUAAUAGUACAAAGUAUUUAACCAGGAAAGGUACAUUCAGAUUACUCUGGUUUUCAAGUACAUCCUGUGGAUGUUACCUUAGCCCAACAUCCAGGGGUUGUUACUAUUAAUGGUACUCAUUUUAUCUACCUCGGAAGGAUGAAGGGUUCAGUCAACCCUGCCAGGAUUCAAACCUGUGACCCCAAAGGGUUGAAAAAAAUUCUACUGAUGAUGCAUUAGCCCACUGAGCUAUUUCACCAGUUCUUGGUAGACAAUGCCCUAAUCCUUGUGAGAUUGCCAUAAGAAUACCAAAAAGGAGCUAAAUAUUAAAUAGCUUCCUAAUUUGGUACCCUUAAAUAUGGCAAACACACAAGGGUACCCAGUUUAGGAAGUUACCUACCAAACGGCUGCUAGAUGCAGCCACAGCAAGGAUCUGCAUGUCAAAAUGAAAAUAAUCGCUGAAUUUAGUUUGAAAACAAAUGAACAAACAUAGGGAAUUCAAUUCAGAAAAAAUGAAAAUGUAGUCAGUGACCAAGUCUUUUACAUAAAUACAUUUUAAACAUUAGAUAUUGUUUUUGGGAAGUGCUUCCUACACAGUACACAAAGUGCAAAAAAAAAUAGCUUCCCCCCAGUUGGCCACAAAGAAAAUCAAUUCUGUAAGAAAACAUAUUUGUAAUUAUCAUUGUGAACUGUGUGUUUAAUUGUAAAUAUUUCCAUUAACAGGACACGUUUUACAAUGUUUCAUCAUCUGCAUUUUGCGCACUUUUUAAAUUCCACGUCAGUAUCACAUAUAUCAGAAGCAUACUGUAUGUGUAGAGAAUACAUUUACAUUAAAGUUUUCAUGUUAAAAAAAAUAAAACACACAUACACCAACACCCCUUAUUUAACCACUACAGCAGCAGGCUCAUCAGAGCCAACGCAGAAGCUUCAAGUUCUCGAAUCAGAAGGGAAGGUGCAGGGAGCUACACCUGACAGACCCAAGUUAAAAAGUCAGACUGUUAGAAAACAGUUUGACCAAUCACAUCCAGGCACCAUAACCACACAGUGCACUGUAGUGGUUAUGGUGCUUGGAGGUUUUUUUUUUUUUUUUUUUUAUCAUGCUACCUACAUUGCUACAUGCUUAAAAAAUCCACUUAUACCCAUUUGGAGCAAUAUAAAAACCGAUUUAUCCAUGACAACCACAAACUUUGCAUGUAUCUAUAUCAAAAAAAUCAACCCUAUUCACUUGAUACUUUUUGUUUUGUUCUAGCAACAAGGAGCGGCCACGUCUAUCUACUGCGCUGUGUCCCCAGAGCUAGAAGGCCUAGGAGGGAUGUAUUUCAAUAACUGCUGCCGAUGCCUUCCAUCACAGCAGGCCCAGCGAGAGGAGACGGCGGCGGCCUUGUGGGAGCUGAGCGAGAAGCUGAUCCAAGAACGAGUUGGCAGUCAGUCCAAAUAGCAGGGAGCCGCCAUUAGGAUCAAAACACAUGGAGUUGUGUGCACUAGGAAACUGCCAGCUUUGGAAUGUGUCCAAACUUAUCAUCUAGAGGGUUUCUGUAUACCUCUGAUACAGAUUAACUAGUGUUAAAUGAAAUAAUGGCAGUCACAACAUAGUGAAAAAUGUUAAGUACUAAUGGGAAGCAGGGAAUACGGUGGGGUUAAAGGGAUGAUAUCUCUUUUCUUGUUGUUAGUUAAGCACAUUUUCUUUUGUCUUUUAAUUAGCGUAUGUAACCAAGAUUGUGAAAUAAAUAACCGAGCAAAAUAAAAACAGCAGAUCGAUGGGGCCAAGUAAAUUACAAGCCGUUUAAUUUCUGCAUGGAAUGUAAUGGAUCCUGAAGAAGGCACAAGAAAUACUGUGAUGUUGGUGGUUUGACAAUUUAAUGAAAUAUAGACCCAUUUUGCAAAAGAAAAAAAAAAAGAAUGGAGCUUGUAUUGAAUAGAUUCAAUCGUGAUGGUUAGUCUUGGAAAUACAACCAAUUGUGAGUUACAUUUCCCACGAUGCACCACCAGCUGACAGACUGAUUGAGCAUCAUUGGAAUGUGGACCACAAUCAUAGUAUUGCUGUCUUUUCUUUACGGAGAUUGUGAACCAGAACGAAUAUUAAUAAACACACAGUGGAUAACAAGUUUUAUGGAAUUCUGUGCUCUAUGUUCGCGUGACAGGGACAUAGUGGUAUUUAAAGUUAUAUAGAGGGUUUUGUGUGGUAAGCAUGAGGGAUGGGCACUCUGGG